GUUGUUAAUGCAACUCAUCAGAAUGAGGUUGGUUACUGACUUGCUAUGGAGGCUUGGCGUUACUUAUAAAGUACAUACCAACAGAGUUGGGGUGGGGAAAAAAGUGUGGAUGAAACCCACACACACACACUUGUGUCAUUUAGGACCAUCCUAUAAGAGUAGAACAUAUGUGGAGCCCAAGGUAUAUAUUAUAAACAUAAUAUAUUAUAAAUAUAUUGUAAACCCAAAAACAAUUAUAAAUAAAAAGAAAAGCAUACCAGACCUAGUGAGAAGUAGGACAAGAGUGAACCAAUGAGCCCCCAAUGUUUUGGCAAAAUGCCUUUAUCAGGCUCCCUUGAUAAAGGCAUUUUGCCAAAACGUUGGGGGCUUGUUGGUUGACUCUUGUCCUUCUCACUAGGUCUGGUAUGCUUUUCUUUUUAUUUAUAAUUGUUUUUGGGUUUACAAUAUUUUUUGGUAUCUCAUACAGCUACUUUUGAAUACUUGUAUUCAGUGAUUUAUGCAUUGUGUAGACUGCCUAUAGGUUACUGUAGAACUUGUAGGUGUUACAUUGUACGUCUUUUUCAUUCAUUGAUACAGUUAAUGAGAUAGCCUAUUACUGUGACCCAAUUAAUAAAAAUCUUUUCAUAUACAUUUGUGGUUGUGCCCCUUGGUUAAGCAAUAGAUGUAACUUUUUUGGCCUUUAUGAAUAUGGCCUUAUACGAGUGAGCACCCAUGACUAGAAGGUCCAUUGUUGCUUGGCUAUUUUCUGUUUCUUAUCAACACGUUUGAGUGUGCCUACCUGUUUUAAUUUGUACACACAUAUACUCACUGACAGACACACUGAUAGUCAAACACAGACUACAUGACAAACAGACUCUCGCUGAUUUGACAGACACACUCAGACACUCAUAUGCACACACAUAUACUCACAGACAGAAACUCAUAUACACACUCACAGACACUCACAUACACUGACAGAUACACUCAUACACACACUUACUAAUUAUUAUUAUUAUUAUUAUUAUUAUUAUUAUAAUACAAUUUUUUUACCCAGGGUCGUUGGGGGUCCAGUGGGGCUGCAGUAUUUUCAUUAGAGGUGGCGAGGGAGCUGUCAUCUCCCCGCUCUGCUCCCUCGCGGUCCAUCUACUGAAACCAGGAGCCGGAAUAUGACGUCAUAUUCCGGCUCCUGUGGCAUCAGCAAAUGGCACGUGAGAAAGCAGAGCGGAGAGAUGACAGCUCCCUCGGAUGUCAAUACCGGCGUAUGUCGGGGGGGGGGUCCAUUAAGGUGGCCAGCAGGCCUGCCCUGGGUCCCCCAUGACAGGGAGACUACCGAGGACACCCAAGUGGGUGUUUGGGAGCGGCAAAUUUUGCUGCCCCCUUGUUAGUGCCGCCCAAGGCAAAUGCCUAGUUUGCCUUGGGCUAAAUAUGCCACUGACUAGAUUGUUAGGAAUUCAGGUUUGUAUUCUUAACAUUAUAGUGUCUCUCGGUCCCUUCCGAAGCAGCAAAUAAUGGGUUAAAAAAAACCUUUUAACACUUACCUGAUUGGCCUCCUCUGACUUAAGCGAUGGGACCUAAUGCACAUGCACAUUAGGCUUUCCUACAGGGGAUUAAAAGACGCUAGGAGUCCUUAUGCAAAAUGUGAGAUAGUCCAGCGUCGUUUCACGGAGUCAAAUUCCAUGAAACUGCAGGAAUCGCCUCUAGUGGCGGUCUGGUAGACAGGGUUCAAAUAAAAAGGACACUACACCCAGACCACUCCAAUGAGAUGAAGUGGUCUGGGUGGCUAUAGUUCCCUUUUAAAUCGUUCAUUAACUGUUAAACCUCUGAAGGCAAGAGGGCACCAGGGACCUUUUGGCUUCAUUGAGAUGAAUAGGUUAAGGUGCAAGUAGGGUCCCUUUUCACUGUUGGUGAGAAUGUCCCUUUAAUAAGGGAUAUGCUGCUCAACAUUGUAUUUUAGCACUUCGUAUAAUGACUUAAAUGCCAGUUUAUUAUAUGCUUAUACGAUCCAGCGUACCAACAAUAAAACCAUGUGAAUGUUAACCAAAACGCUAUUACUCCUUGUUAUUCAUUACCUUUCUCCUAUUGAUAAUGAAAAGUUUGGCAACAGUUUAUUUUGGAGUACAGUAUUCUAAUAAUUUAUUAACUUAUUUUUAGGUUUACUUUUAUUUUUUUCCCCAUGAAUACUUGGGGACAAAAUGCCAAAACAAGCUAAAAGAAUAAAUUGAAAAACUCAAACUGCUAUUUUUUGGGUGGCUUAGUUUACCCUUUUAUUUUAGAUUAUAAAAUACAACACACUGACAGAAACGGGAGCCAUACCUACUUUUGCAAAAUCUAAAUUAGCUUCAUUACACAUCUAAAAUCUACAUAAAACAGGCAAGGAAUACUAAUCUAAUAGAAUAAAAAGGAACUACAUUAAUACUGCAAAAUAUUUAGCAGAUUAUACCUGUUCCCAGCGUUGGUGUCUCCCUUCCCUGCAGCAGGUGAGCUGAAACUGUCUUUGCAAACCUGAUUUAAAUGCUUUUAAAAAACAGGAACAGAAUGAAGUAUCACAAGACCUGCUUAGAACACUUCCUAUGUACACACCGCCUUUAGUGUGUGGGAAGGUCUAAGUUGAAUCGUUACUGCCACCUGCUGUACAGUUUAUAAAAUAACACCACUGCCAGCAAGCAGGAUUACAGUUUAUUAUUUUAAUGACAUGUCUAACAUAUCUAAUAGGAGCAUGCAUUGAAAUGUACAGCUGACAAAAUAUUAAAAUGUUAUUAAUGACAGGUCAACUAUAAGUGACAACAUCUCCCUAAGCAAUGAAUUACAUAUUGUAAUUAUUAGAUAUAAAUUGUUAUUAUAAUGAGCACUUAUAUAAUGCCAACACAUUCAGUAAGGAUUUACAAUUAAAAAACAGGGAUAUUUAGAGAGGUGAAAAAGGCCUUGCUCAAACCAGUCUGCAACCGAUAUUUGCUGCUGUUCACACUAUAUCUACUAAAUAGGGAUUUGGAAGUGAGGAGGGGUCCUUUAAGGAGAACAGGAGGGCUUUCCUACUCGCGCCUCUUUAUUUGUAAUCCAUAUUUAGAUAAAAACAUUAAACAUGUAUGGCUAUGCAGUAUUGCAAAAAUACAUAGAUGUACUAACUACACAUGAAGGGAGUCAAAAGAAAGAAAAACAAAAAAGACAAAUGUGCCCAAAACAGCCAGGGUGGUUCAUGAUACUUGUAUCCAUACCUACACCACCAGUCAAGUGAAAAACCUAUACGUACUUUAAAACCCAUUUCUCUCACGAGUAAAACAAUGAAUAAAGAAUCAAAUGGCCACUCAAAGCAUCACAGCUGUAGUGGUUAUGAUGCCAGGAGUACCCUGGUAGGUUUCUCGCUAAUGGAGCAAACCCAUUGAGCAACGCUUUGCCCCUUUAUGGCUAAAAGUGUCAGCUGGCGACUCUCAGCCAGUGAUUAACAACCUGUACCAUGAAAGUUGCACAGGAUUGACAUUAGCCAGCCUUGAACUCCAGCGCUAGGCUGGCUGAUGACACCCCAAUGACACUGGGGAAGGUGGCUAUAAGUAGGGUGGGGUUCAGGCCCGUACUGGCCAUCGGGCAUAGGGCCGCGAUGGCCGUGGGGCUAAGGCCAGCAGGGGAUCUCCCCGGCCGGCCCCUGCAGGGCCAGCGCUAUCCGAGCGCCGGCCCUGCUGUGUGCCUCUGUGGGCCGGUGGGGAGAUCAAAGAUCUCCCUACCGGCCCACAGACAGGGAGAUGCGGCCGCCGGCUAGGUGAGGGAGGGAGGGAGGGAGGAGAGAGGACCCGGCGGAGCUCUAACAAGCAGCUCCGCCGGUCCUCUCGCGGAUCUCGCGAGAGUGAACUCUAACCUGCAGGUUAGAGUUCACUCUCACCACUGGACCACCAGGGAAGGCAGCAUGGCACCCCACCCCCCAGGCAGAACGGAUCUCCUCCUCCCCCCCUCCCAGGAUAAAGGUAAGAAGGGAGGGGGGGGGGGAUAAUUUUUUUAAAUUUUUUUUAAAAUUUUUUUUAUUAGUAAAAAAAAUAUAUUUAAAUAAAAAAUACAUUCACUCACAUACACAGCCCCCAGACACACACAGCACCCCCAGACACAGCCCCCAGACACACACAGCACCCCCCAGACACAGCACCACCCAGACACACACAGCACCCCCAGACACACACAGCGCACCCAGACACAUACAGCGCACCCAGACACACACACAGCACCCCCAGACACACACAGUCCCAGACACACACUGCACCCAGACACACACAGCACCCCAGACACACAGCGCACCCAGACACACACACCAGACACACACUGCACCCAGACACACACAGCACCCAGCACAGACACACACACAGCACCCAGACACACACAGCACCCAGACACACACAGCACCCCCAGACUCACACAGCACCCCCAGACACACACAGCGCACCCAGACACACACAGCGUACCCAGACACACAGACCCAGACACACACAGCACCCCCAGACACACACAGCACACAGCACACAGCACACAGAAUGUGACAGCAGAUAAAAACACCCUCACACACAGCACCCCUCUUACAUACACACACUGCGCCCCUCACACAUACAAUACGUCCAAAUAUAUAUAAAUAUAUACAUACACACACACACACACACAUACUACAGCACCCCUCACACUGCACCACUACACACAUUACGCUCCAGAUACACACUAGAUCCCUUACCCUAUAUGCACUCUUAAUCCUCUACACACACACACACACACACUGGGUCAUUUACACAGUAGAUCUCCUACACACACACUACAUUCCUUGUCAGCAAACACAUACAACAUUCUCUAAACACACCCUCUCUGCAACCCCUACACACACUACGUCACCUAUACACACACACUUCAGCCCGUAUGCACACACUCGCUGCAUCCCCUAUAAAACUAUGCCCCCUAUACACACACUCUCUACAACCCCUAGCCACACAUAUUACACCACAAACACAAAUUAAAUUGACCUAUUUAUACAAUACCACACCACACUCUACACACACGCAAUCCCACAAGCAGGCUCCAAACAUAUGCACCAUGCACUUUCCUGGCCCUUUUGUCCUCUGGUAUCCCACUUGUGGAGACACCAGAGACAAUUUAAAAGCAAACACAGCGCAAGCAUGUUAUUAAAUUUGCUUGCGCUGCGCAGAACAAAUUCAGGGCCUUUUUCUAAUGCCAGAGCUCUUCAGCAGGGCUCUGGGCAUUGAACCAACAUGCUCACUUUGAGAGGGGUGUGUUGUCAUUAGUGAUGACAAAACACACACUCUCUGGCCCCGCCCCCUUCUUAGGGGGCAGAUCUGAUUGAAAAAUGCCCGGGCCUAAUUUUUUUCCCAGUCCGGCCCUGGUGGGGUUAAUACUAAUAAUAUAAUUUAAAGAAACAGGCAACUGAAAUAUCAUGCAAACAAAAUACACAUUACUUCCUAUUUAAAAGACAGCACACUCUUGAAUUGCAAAAAUAUAUUUGUAUAGUUGGCAAAUCAAUGUCUUGCAGUGAUAUAUUUGUAUAUUUGGCAAAUUUGGCAAAUUUGGCAAAUCAAUGUCUUAACCAUGACAAGUUAAGUCAAGCUUGCAGGCGUGCAGAGUGCCUCGUAUAGCCAAGGAAAAAAAGAACAAUGUGCUCUAUGACAACAUGCAUGAUGUCCAUUGACAUGGGUACAGUUUUACAUCAGCUGAAUAACAGUGCAUACUUCCCAACUGUCUCUACUAAGGUGGGACAGUCCUUAUUUUGGGCCCAAACUCCUCUGACCUUCUUUUCUAUGCCAAUGUCUCCCUUGUCCAAGAGCUCCAUAUUUGUUGGUGUGUCUGAAGGUAUUACAGAGCUCCACAGCAAUAAUACCCACUGUAAUGUGUCAAGUGUAUUUAGGAAUCAGUCUGUAAAUAAGAUACAUUCGUGUUCCACAUUACAUUUUACUUUCAUACAUUGUUAUUAGUGUCACUUAAAAUUUCUCAGAACAGUCCACCACUGGCCACACCCCCAUUCACACCCUUAAAAUCAAAGUGUCCCUCAUUAUUGAAAAUUCGGGCGGUAUGUCACAGAGUGGACUUCAUGCAUGGUGGUCACUGAACCUGUGCAGCUGCAUUUGUCAGUGUAAUAGGAUUAGUUAUUCGCCAGUGUGAGAAUUCAACGGGAAUUUCAAACUGAAGGCCGGAGUAGUUAAAAAGAAAGUAUUUCUGACUAAAAUAAUUUUUCCAGUUUGGCUAUUUUGACAUUAAAUUAAAACUUAACUUUGAAUUAUCACUAUAUAACCUUAUAAACCUGGGUGCUCAGCCUUCAUAUAACUGGUCCAUGGCAUGCAGAGCUCUGUGACAGUCAGUGCUAGCCUGUCACUCACAUAGAUGCCAGCAUUUGAAUAAAACAUUUAUAGAGACGAGUGCGCAUAUAUGCACAGACACACACAGAUAGACUCAACGAGAUCCCCCACAAUGACUAACACACAGACACGCAAACAGAGGUAGAAAGACUGACAUUCACAGAUAAACACGAUGACAAAUUCACAGGAACAUACAUAAAAAUAAUAAAGAAAACACCUUUUUAACUAUCUCUAGACACUUGCCUCUGGAACUGGGAGAGGCUACACUGGCUGUAGUGCCAGCUCUGGAAUUCAGGACUGGUCCUGGGACAAUUUUUUGUCUGCACUCUUGCUUGUUUGUAUAGCACAUUGCAGUCAGGAGAAGUUCCCAGCUACUGUGGUCUGCCUGCUAUAAAAGGCUGGCAACGUCUUACGUGCUAAGUCUACGCUCAAUAUAACAAGUCGGAUGAAAGAAUCAAGGCUAUGGAAAUCCCCUAUAUAACAUAAUGCUGUAGUUUGCAUUUUUGUACUUCUUGGUCUUAUUGUAAAGAUAACAAAAUCCCCCUCCACUAAAAGUAGCACAAUGGCGUCAGUGCAUCCCAUACUCCCCCAGCAAGUGUGGGAAACAUCUGUUGGGGAGGUAAAACCAGUGACAGGGAGCAAGAGAACCGUCUGUCAUAUCUAAUGAUGAGGAUUUUAUUGACAGAUAGGGAACAUAUUUUUUAAAUAGCUUUCAAUUAAAACCUAUACAUUUGCAAGUAUUUCUGCUAGCACAAUGUACAGAUGAAAUUUAAUGAUCCUUAAUAUAUACUUAUUUUAUAUACACUUUAAUAAAAUACACAUUUGUGUAUAUAGAGAGAGAGAGAGAGAGAGAGAGAGAGAGAGAGAGAGAGAGAGAGAGAGAGAGAGAGAGAGAGAGAGGCAGCUAGAUAGAUAUGUAGAUAGAUAGAUAGAUGGAAACAAAUCGCAUGAAUUGAGUGAUUGAGUGAAACUAUUUUCUAAUUAAACAUUUUCCUCCUUUGAUACUGGGCUGCAGGUGCUUUGGAAACUCCUGGAUUUACUGUACCCAAUCAAUCUAAGUUUGCCCAACAACAAGGUUAUGGUGCCAAUACUGGAAUGUAGUGGCUAUGGUGCUUUGAUUGUCAUUUUCAUUGCAUUGUGGGGAAUUGAAAACCAGAAUGCAAUAGUCACACUAAAACAGCACACCUCCCAAUAUUGACAUCACAUGAUGUAAGACAGAGAUUGGGCAAAAGGUGGUCCAGUGAUGUUAAUUGCGUAAGCGGCAUCACUCAGGGGGUCAAGUCCUCAAUUGUGUAUUUAGAAGUAAUUAGGACUCUUCAAUUCUGCCACUCUUUACCAACUAUCAACAACUCAGUAUUAUAACCCUCUUAAAGAUCCACCUCCACAUACAAAUUUGUUGUUUAGGCACCUUAAUCAUAAGUAUGAAAUCUGGACAAAUCUGGUGUCACUGAUAAUGCUCCAAGUGAGAGGUCAUGUUUGGAAUAGGGGAGGGAGCACCCAAAGAAGAAGCAUGGCCUGUUGUGAAAGCAUUGCUGGCUGACUGACUGCCUGUAUAGCCAGCCCCACACAAGUGAGGGUGCAGACUACUUGUACCUCUGUACCUCUGCUCUGGCUCUUCUCAUUGAGUCAGAGUGUUGCCAUGGUAAACCAUCGCAACAUUCUGAUCACUUCCUGGGUCUGGAGGGAGAAAUACAAGUGAUCUGCAAAGAAGUCCAUCCAUAAAGGAAUCCAAUAUAUCUCAAUUAAAAUAUUCUAAUAAGAAAUAAACAAGUGAUCUGCAAAGAAGUUCGUCCAUAAAGGAAUCCAAUAUAUCUCAAUUCAAAUAUUUUAAUAAGAAAAAUAUAAAACACAUUGAAAAAAACAGUUCUUUGAGUGUUUAUUGAGUGGUUGACCACCCAUUGUUUUUAUUAGCCCUCACACCACCAGCUAUAAUAUGUAGGAGGUGCCAUAUAUCUAGAUCCUUUCUGGUUCAUGGGGGAUUUGAGGGGCCUUCCUUUGCUUUCUUCUAUGGAUUUAAUUUAGUUUUAUGUAUUUUUAUUCUGGCUGAUUGUGCUCCCUGAAGACACAUAGCAAAAUGCAGGUGAAUUUAUUUUUUGAGAUGUGUUCAGACUGAAUCCAAUAUAAAUCCUGUGUGUGAUAAAUAUAGAAACCUAUUCUUUGGGAAGUGAUUAUUUAAAAGCAGACAUGAGAAUGAAUUAUGUUAAUUUGGCUGAAAUGCAACCAGAGCUGCCUUUAUUAAAUGUGUGAAUUGCAAAUUUGUUUGAAAUCUAAUAAUUUUUUUUUUCGAAUUUGAAUUUUUUAUUGAUUUUUUCGAAUAUGCGAACUUGGGGGAAAAGAAGAGGGGAGACAGGUUAUCUGCAUUCGCGUUGAAACAGCUGUACAGUUAGACAGUUAUACCAUUAUACCAUUAUACCAUUAUACAAUUAUACAUAGGCUCUUAGGUUUAUGUACAUUUCCCCGCUAUUCGCCAUUCGCGUGUAAAUAGUUGUACGGUUAUACAGUUAUACCAUUAUACCAUUAUAUCAUUAUACAAUUGUGCAUGGGCUCCUAGGUAUGUUUACAUUUCCCCGCUAUGCGGUUGACAAAGGUUUUCCCUGGCAUAUCUCCCACUGCGUGUUGCGUGAUGUGAGCUGGGGCGUUUGCUUUUACACCUAGUGGGUGGUGGCGACGCCACCUUUUGUGGGCCCUGGUGGAUGGUUUGCUUUCUGCCCACUAGUGUGACUAUAGCUUGUCUACAGCUUCCCGCCCUCAUACCUCGGGUGUCGUGCUAGCCUUCCAAGUCUUGUGUGCCUCAAAUAUAUGAGUGCGUAUCCCAAAUUGUGCCGCUGUCAUGAGUUCGUACUCCCAGUUUUGUUCUACCUGUUUUAUCACAUCCUGGAUAGUGGGGGGUAUUGUUUUUUUCCACAACCUGGAUAUCGUCAGGUUUGCUGAUAUGAGGGUGUGAUAGAGAAUUGUCCUAAUGUGCUUCGGAAUGCCCUUGGGCAACAUAAACAAGAUGCAUGUUUGUGGGUUAUCUAACCUGGGUGUCGGAUGCAUUUUUUGUAAAAGUUGGGUCACCUCCAUCCAAAAUGGGCUAAGUUUGGCGCAGGACCACCAGAUAUGUAGCAUGGUCCCCACCUCUCUCCCACAUCUCCAGCAUUUGUUGGUAGUGUUUGGCCACAUCUUUUGGAGUUUGUCUGGUACUAAGUACCAGCGGUACAAUAGUUUGCGUUGUAGUUCUAGGUGUGUGUGGCAUGCUGUGAGUCCCUGGUGCGCCAAGUAUGCCCGGUCCCAUGUGUCUUCUGGAAAUGUCUGUCCUAGCUCUUGGUGCCACGCCUGUUUGAUCUUAUCUAGUGUUUGUGUUCGUGUUGCUAUCAGCUCCUGGUAUCCCCAGGAUAGGGUUUUCCCCAGUGUCUUUUUGCCCACACAGUGUUUUUCAAAUCUCGUCAUAUUCAGUUCGUCUUCCCCUUCGUCUUCAGCGUCUAGUUUACUUGAGAUGUAGGACUUUAGUUGCAUGUAAGAGAAUAUGACCUUAUUGGGCAGUGUGUAUUCCUCCUGGAUUGCCGGUAGUGAUUUCAGUCGCCCCCUGUCUAUCACCUGAUAUAUAUGGUGUAUCCCCCCUUUCACCCAUGUCUCCCACGGGAAAGUUGGGAUGUCCAGCCCUACUGUUUGGAUUGGUGUGGCCAUGGGAAGCGUUUGCUUUGCCACCAGUUUAUCUCUUAUUUUGUGCCAUAUUUGUAGGAGGGUCUGGGUGCUGGGCAAGAGUUUGUCCCGGGCGUGCCUAGGGCAGUUUUCUUGCCAUAUCAGUGCUCGUAGGUCCCGUCUGGGUGCCCAGUGCGCUUCUAUGGCUACCCAUUGCGGUGCCUUGGCGGGGAGGUUUAUUUGUGUUAUGUUAUGGAGGUAUGCUGCUCUAUAGUAAGCCGUUAAGUUCGGGAGGCCUAACCCCCCCCUGCGUACUGUCUGCUGUAGCGUCCCUGCUGCUACUCUUGCUUUUUUCCCCUCCCAGAUGAAGGUGCUGAUGGUGUGCUGCAUAUUUUUGAGGUAUUGUUUUGGUAGGGGUAUCUGUAGCGUACGAAAAAGGUAUUGAAUUUUUGGUAUUAACGACAUUUUGACUGCUGCUAUGCGUCCUGUCCAUGACAGGUAUUUUCCCUUCCAUGCUUGCAUGGAGUCUGUGAAUUCUUUGUGCAUGCGUACAUAGUUGUGGUGGAAUAAUUUAGCAGGGUUUUUUGUAAGUUUGAGGCCCAGAAAGGUUAGGUGGUCGUUUCUCCAGUCUAAGGGGAAUGCCUCUCUCAGUCUGGACGUGAGGUUUGUGUCUAGGUGCAUCCCCAACGCUUGUGUCUUGGUGACAUUCAAUUUGUAAUAUGCUACUUCACCAUAUGUUUCUAUGUGUAGCAUCAAAUUUGGCAGGGAGAUUAGGGGCUGUGUGAGUGUGACUAGGAUGUCAUCUGCAAAUAGAUUGAGCUUGUACUCCCUGUCUCCUAUUGUGAUGCCCUGUAUGGAUGGUUCCGCCCUUAUCGCCGCUGCAAGUGGCUCUAGUGCCAGGAUAUACAAUAGUGGGGACAGGGGGCACCCCUGCCUGAACCCAUUCGUUAUGUUGAUUUGUUUGGACACGAAUCCUGCAUUAAGUACCCUUGCUGUGGGGUGGGAGUAUAGUGCCUUUACCCCAUUUAUAAAUGAGCUAGGGAACUUGUACUUUUGGAGCACUGCCUCCAGAAAAGGCCAAUUAAGGCGAUCAAAGGCCUUUUCUGCGUCCAGGAGAGUAAGACACCCUCCGUCCGGUUUCGUCUCAGGCUAUGUAUGAGGUCGAUCACUUUCCUCGUGUUGUCUGAUCCCUGUCUACCUGUGGUAAAGCCCACCUGGUCAUCAUGUAUCAAUGUAGGGAUGAUGUGUUUUAGCCUAUUUGCCUGUAUUUUGACGUAGAUUUUUGCGUCUGUGUUUAGUAAGGAUAUUGGCCGGAAGUUUUGACUACAUGUGGGUGGUUUGCCUGGUUUUGGAAGUGUUAUAAUGUGGGCUCCUAGCAUGUCUGUCGGGGCUUCUGCUUUACGGGUGAUGGUAUUAAAGGUGUUUGUUAGGUGUGGUGCGAGAAUGGCGGCAAAUCGUUUAUAGUACGCGUUGGUAAACCCAUCGGGUCCUGGUGCUUUCCCCUUGGGGAGGCUCGCUAUUAGCUUUAGCACUUCUUCCUCCGUGAUAGGGGCUUGUAGGCCCUCCCUCUGGUCCUCAGUAAGGCCCGGCAGUGAGAUACCCUCCAGGUAUCGUUCUAUUUGUGUUUGUGACGGUUGGGGGGUAUUUGGGUCCUGACCCAGGUUGUACAGGGUCGUAUAGUAGUCGGCGAACACGUCGCUGAUGUCUUUGGGUGUAACCCUUUUUUCCCCUUCUGAGUUCAAUAUGAAUGGGAUUUUUGUUUGUGCGUUCCUUUGUGACAGUCUCCUCGCUAAGAGUUUGCUGGCUCUAUUUUCCUGGGUGUAGUGGGCUGCCUGAAGCUUCCGCAUUUUGAACCCCAUUUUUACUAGGUCAUGUUUUUUGCCUUCGUCUAUUACUCGUUUAAUUUGUUCUAGGAGCUGUGGGGUUGGUGUUAAUUGGUUCUGUUUGGUUAGAUUGUAGAGGGUAGUCAGCCAUUCUUUUCUUUUUGUUUGGGUUGCCCUUUUUAUUGCACUUGCUUUCCCUAUAAGGAGUCCCCUUACAACUGGUUUGUGGGCCUGCCACAGUGUUUCCGGUGUUAUAUCUGGAGUUGUGUUCGUGUCAAAGUAGUGGGAGAGGUCGUCUUUUACUGUGUCGCAGUAUUGUCGGUCUGUUAGUAGAGAUUCAUUUAAUCUCCACGGGCUUCGGUGCUUGUAGUCAUAUGCGUCACAUAGCUCUAAGGUUAUUGGGGCGUGGUCUGACCACGUUAUAGUACCUAUCGUGCAGGACAUGAUGUGAUUGAGGUGGGCACCUUUUAUAUAGUACCCGUCAAUACGCGAGUAUGUGUUAUGUACCUGAGAGAGGAAGGUGUAGUCCCUCUCCCCAGGGUGUUGCAAUCUCCAUGCGUCAUAGUAAUCGUGUUCUUUGAGCAAGCGUACUAGUGGUUUGCAUUCCCUCUGGAGGGUAGCUGAUCUGGGGGUGUUUGGCUGUACUGUGGUAUCCCACUUGGGGUCCAGUAUGUGGUUGAAAUCACCACAUAAUAUAGUGAUGCCCCUCUGGACCGAUUGCACUAGUGUGAUGACUUUAUGUAAGAAAUUCCUCUGAUGCGUGUUGGGUGCGUAUAGGUUGACUACCGUGUAUUCCAAGUUGUUGAUUUUGCAUAUCAUGAUAACAUAUCGUCCUUCUUUGUCUAUGGAUACGUAUAACGGUUUGAAGGACACAUCCUUGCUGAUGAGGAUGGAUACCCCUUUUGUUUUGGACGUGGAGGUGCUGUGGAAUUGAGCCGUGUAUUGCGCCUGGGCUAGGGUUAUUGGUUUUUUGAGGUGUGUUUCCUGCAGGCACACUACAUUGGGGCAUUCCCUGCGCAGAUCUCUUAUGAGGCAAUAUCUUUUUACUGGGGUGUUUAACCCUUUUACGUUAUGACAGUGUAUCUUCAUAUUUUAAUGUGUGGUGUUGAAAUAUCUUGCUUUUGGCUUUGGGGGUCAGUGCCUGGUAUGCUACCCCUCCCUGGGUCCUAUGGUCUCCAUCUCGGAUAGUUACUGCGUGGUCUCCAACCUGUCUGGUGGUGGGGGCAAGGGUGGGAUGGUGUGCAAGGGUAGAAACAGUCGUGCUAUCCAUAUGCAUGACCUUUGGGGUAAACAGUGCAACAUAAAACAAAACAUACAAUAUCACAUUAUUACAAUUGAACAUUUCCCACUGAAGGGUGGGGCACCCGUUAUGUGGUGCCAAUGGGGUGCGUGGUGAACCCUGAUGAAUGAUGUGUGCAGUGUUGCUAGGUGAGCAUGCUAUGCCCAUUACUCGCUGUCUUUUUGCCUGCGUGUGGUUUGUGGCUAAAUUGUGAAAGAUGAGAUGGGUGUGAGUUCCAGCGUGUCUGGGGCGUAGCGUCUAGACAGGCCUGUAUAUAGGUCUGGGCUCCUAUCAAGUUGUUGUGAGUGAGUGUUUUUUUGUUUUUUUUUCUCUCUCUCUCUCUCUGUCUCCAUUUAGUGUGCUGGGCAUUGACAUAUGCCAUGUUAAUGGUGUGGCUGUGUGUGUUGUAUAACGAAUGAGAGGAUGUGAGUGUGCGUGCCUUGUGUGUCAGGUAUACUUGCGGCCCAGUGUCCGUCUGCUCCCUCUUGAGUCUCUGUUAAGUCCCAUCUCUUGCUUGGAAUCCCUUGUUGGGAUCAUUUUUUGGCCCUCUUCCACUCCGGAGACAGUCUGCGCUGAUCUGCAGCCUUAGCCCCUGCCUGGGUUGGUUGAAUGCCCCAGCUGCGCAGUAGUUUGUGGCCUUCCUCUGGCGUGUUGACCGUUGUCAGUGUGCCAUUCCUCCUGAUCAGCAGGCGGACCGGGUAUCCCCACCGGUACUGGAUGCCAUUGUUGCGCAGGGCCUCUGUGGUCGUUUUGAAUUCUUUCCUUUUCUGUAGUGUAGCCGCUGACAGAUCCGUGAAGAUUUUUAUGUGGGUGAAUUUUUGUAGCAGAUCUUUAUGCCCUCUCGUGGCCUGGAGAAUUGCCUCUUUUACGUGGAAGUAGUGGAGGUGGGUUAGCACAUCCCUUGGUGUGUCUUGCGGCAGGAACGCUGGUUUUUGGACCCUGUGGUACCUGUCCAGGAUCAGCAUGUCCGCUGGUAACUCGGGGGUCAAUGCUUUGAAGUAUUCUAUGAGGAAGGGGAGCAGGUCUUGUUGUGACACCUCCUCCGGUAUGCCUAUAAUUCUCAGAUUUUGUCUUCGAGAGCGGUCUUCCAGAUCCAUGAUUUUUCUUUGUGACUGGUCCAGUAGCUGCUGCAGGUUGUGCAUUUGGUCUGCCAGCUCGUUAUGAGCAGAUGUCUGCUCCUCCACGCGCUGUUCCACCCGCGCGGUCCUGUCCCCCAGCUCCUGCACGUCUUUGCUGAGCUCCCUCAGGGUGCUUUGGAUGGACGCCAGAAUUUUGCUGGACAUGUCCUCCAAGCAUGUCUGCAGGAAGUCCUGCGUCACUGGUAGGUUGUGGGAGCUCGUGGGUGUCCUUAGCGGCAGUGUGUCGUUCCCGCCGUCGCCAUCUUGGGCCUGGUCUAACAGGCCUGUAGCUUUCGGCGUCGAUGCUCGGGCCGCAAAGAACUCCGACCUGUCAGAUUUUUCCGCUUGCUAUUUGUGCUUUGGGUGGGACAACGUUGGGUGAGUCGGGGGUCUCGGUUUUUCCUCGCAGGCAAUGCUUUUUAUGUCGCUUUUAGGGCUAGCUGGGAGCGGAGCUCAAUCCCGUGCGUCCAUCCGCGUUGCCCGCUAAGCCACGCCCCGAAAUCUAAUUAUUUUUUGACAGAAUUUUGUUAUCUAGACAGUAUUUGGAUUUUAGUGAAUUUAUUCAUAUUGGACCGAGCUUAGGAAAUAUAGACUGUGACGGCAGAUAAGAACCAUUCAGCCCAUCUAGUCUGCCCAAUCUUUAAAAUACUUGCAUUAGUCCCUGGCCUUAUCUUAUUGUUAGGAUAGCCAGCGGCAUACAUACCGCGGUCGCAGGGGUCGCAGCUGUGACCGAGCCAGUCACUCCAGGGGGCCCGGCUGUCGUGCGGACCCCCCCCCAUGCUGUCAGGGCCACCCGAUGGAUAUGGAUUGUAAGGGGGCUCGGUCAGCGCUGGGUGCUUUAACAGAGUGACCGGGCCCCCUGAGAUUAUAUCAUCACUGCUGGGAGGAAGUGACUGCACGUCACUCCUCCCAGCUAACACUGAGAGCCGCUCAGGAGGAAGAACAGGGAGUCAGAGUGGGAACUCUAACUCCCAUCCACCUGAGCCACCACUGGACCCCAGUCACCCUCCUGCACCUAAAAGGUAAGAAACAGGAGGGUGACUUAAAUAUUGUGUGUGUGUGUGUGUUUGUUUGUAUAUGUAUGUGUGUAUGUGUCUUUGUAUGUGUGGAUCGGUUUUGCACCGGGGCCCCAUGGAUUGUGUGUACGCCACAUGCAUGCUUAAACUCCUUUACUGUGUUAACCUCUACCAUUUCAGCUGGAAGGCUAUUCCAUGCAUCCACUACUCUCUCAGUAAAGUAAUGUCACGUAUUCAUCCGUUUAGAAAAAUGUGAUUAAUGGAAUUUACUGUACAGACAGGAAAAGUUGUGCCGAGCAGCAAUCAAAUCCACAGGAGGGUUUGUGCUGAGCAACAAUUAUGCAAAUAAGAACCUAGUAACUGCCUUUGGGGUCAAAGGCGAUUACAGCCCAUCAGAUCCAGAGGAGGGGUAUUUAGGCCCAGUUCUCAUCCUGCUUAGUGCCCUGUCGCAGUUUCCCUUUUGGUUGUCCGAGAGCGCGUUAUUGAUUCUAGUUAUUCUGGCAUUUUGACUUCCCUGUUUUCUGGUAUCCCUGACCACUGGCUUUUCCUUAUCGUUGUGUCUCUGUGUCCCUUGACCUCGGCUAUUCCUGACUAUUCUUUGGUAUGUUAGUCCGGCCAUUCUAAGGUCCGAUAUAUGUUACCUAUUAGUCCUCUGUGUUUCAGAAUUCUACGUGCUGGAUCAUACUGUAAUCCUGACAUUACGACAUGGCCAUAGAUCCUGUAGAAUUGUGUAAGCACAUAGCUGCUUGCGAAAGGAAACUAGAGGAGAAUGAUCACCGCAUGGACCAAUUUGCCCAGGCUUUCAGUACGCUUCUUGCCCGUACAGUGCAUCUGCAACCUGCGGCUGCUCCUACUGUCUCACCUCCGCCUUGUGUACCUCCGCCUAUAGUAUACAAGGCACCAACUAUCUCUCUAUCUCCUCCUCUGCAUUUUGAUGGUAAUUUCCAAGAAUGCCGGGGAUUCCUUAACCAAAUAGAGUAUUUGAGGCCUCACCAGGAUCUUUCCCACAGACAGAGCUAAAAUUGGUUACCUGAUGAAUCAAUUAAAAAGUAAAGCUUUAGCUUGGGUUAAUCCAUUAUGGGAGAGUAAUAGAAGUGUGGCACACAAUUACCAGGAGUUUAUUACGGAAUUCAAACUUACGUUUGAACCUUUAGGCAGAGAGGAUGAUGCCUCUACUGCCCUGAUGCAUAUCAGACCGGUCUAUCUCGGGAUAUGCCAUAGAAUUUCUACCCUAGCUUCCGAGGUAGACUGGACUAACAGUGGGUUAAUCUCUGCAUUUAAAAAGGGAUUAUCUGAAUCUAUGCUUGAUGAAACAGCUUAAGGAAUUUAUCACUUUUGUCAUGCAGAUUGAUAAUAGAUUGAGAACCAGAGAAGCUACUAGAAACAAGACCAAACACAUGAAUAUGCCUUUAGCACCCCACUUCUCCAAACCUAUUGUCCCUGAAUUUCCUGUACAGUCCGAACCCGAACCCAUGCAGUUGGGGGUCACUAGACUGUCGGAAGCAGAAAGACAAUAUAGGAGAAAAGAAGGCCUAUGUCUAUACUGCGGUAGGAAGGGACAUAUGAGAAUCAAUUGACCCAUAUGUCAGGAAAACUACCGCACCUAAGCACCUUAAGGAGACAGGUCCUCUGGAAAGGAUAAAAAUGGGUUUCUCCAUGAUAUUUCUAUUGCCUUUGAAAAGAAGAACUUUUCAUGCAAAGCCCUGGUGGAUUCAGGUGCUGCUGGAAACUUCAUUGACGUUCAAUUUGUUAAAGGUAAUACUAUACCUAUCAAGAAGAGACUAUCACCCCUAGCUGUUGAUGCUAUUGAUGGGAGAUCACUCUCACUCUCACAACCAUUGAUAAUGCAUGAAACCUUACCCAUUAAUAUUUCCAUUGGUGCCUUACAUUACAGGUUAUUGCAUCCCCUUCCUGUCAGAUCAUAUUAGGCUUUCCAUGGCUUAACAAGUAUAACACUCAUAUUGACUGGGCUAAUGGAGAAAUAUUAGAAUGGGGUAAGGAUUGCUAUGAAAGGUGUAUAUUGAAUGUCACCAAAAGAGUGGGCACUAUUGAAUUACCCACUAGUACACCUCAAAACCCGGAAAUCCCUAUACAGUACCAUGACAUUAAAGAAGUAUUCAGCAAAAGUCAGUCAAAUACUCUACCUCCUCACAGACCAUAUGACUGUUCCAUUAAUUUACUACCCGGCGCUAUGCCACCUGAGGGAGCAGUCUAUGCUCUGUCACCUCAGGAGAGUAGAGUAAUGGAGGAAUAUAUUAAGGAUUCAUUGAAUAAAGGCCAAAUACGAAAAUCAUCCUUACCUGCUGGGGCAGGAUUCUUUUUUGUAUCUAAAAAGGACAGUGAGUUGCACCCAUGUAUCAAUUACAGAGCAUUGAAUAAAAUCACCGUUAAGAACGCCUACCCCCAGAGGCGGCUCUAGACUUUUUGAGGCCUUAGGCAAAAAUCAAAUAUGAGGCCCCCCACGCGCGAUCAAAAAAAUAAGCAGGCGAUAUUAAAAUUAACUGUAUAAAUUGCAUAUUUUAAGGCAAACAUUAAUAAACCUGACAAUCUCAGUAUUCACAAAGUUAUUUUUGUUAUUAAAUUAUUCUACAAAAUAUCAAUCACAAACAUUGGGUAUAGAUAAAAGGUUUGUGCCUGACUACUCAGUUAUUCUUGUUGGUGUCUCCUAAAACUGAAAUAAAGUUGUCAACAGUGUAUUAACCCCUUAACGCCGCUACGGCAUUCUAUGCCGUCGCGGCUUUAAAGGGCUUUAAAGCCGUUGCGGCGGCAUAGAACGCCGUAAAGGCUUUGAGCCCCAGGGGAUCGCAGCUACUUAUCUCCGCCGCGAUCCUCUUCUGGAGGGCUGCCUGACAGCCCAGGCAGCCCUCCCCAGGCAAAUGAGGCCCCCGGGGGCCAUGUGAUCGCUCUCAAAGAGAGAUCUGCCAGCAGGGGGGCUGUCUGAAAUAUCAGACAGUCCCCCUGCUGGUGGAAAGUGUAAAAAAAAAAUUAAAAUAAAUUAAAUUAAAAAUAAAUUUAAAGUAUUUAUAUAUAUAUAUAUAUGUAUAUAUAUAUACAUAUUAUAUAUAUGUAAAGUCAUAAGUAAUGUAUUUUAAUAUUAAUAUAAGUAUAUAUAUUAGUAUUAAAAUACACUUAGAAUGACGUUACAUAUAUAUAAUAUGUAUAUAUAUAUUAUAUAUAUAAUAGAUAUAUACACAUAUAUUAUAUAUAUAUAUAUAUACGUAUAAUUACAAUAAUAAAUAAAUAAAAUAAUAAAAAAAAAAAAAUAUUGAAACAAAAUUUUGUAUAAAUUAUAUAUUCAUAAGUAAUUUCAUUCUAACUGUAUUUUGUUAUUAAUAUAUAUAUAUAUUGGUAACAAAAUACACUUAGAAUGGCAUUCUAUAUCUAUCUAUCUAUAUAUAAAAUACAAAUAACCUCAAAUAUAUAUAUAUAUAGAUAAAUAUAUAUAAUUACAUAAAAGAUUACAUUAGUAUACACGUAGAAUUUAAAUACCUAUAAAUUCAUAUAUGUUAAAAUUCUACGUGUAUAUUUAAGUAAUCUUUUAACAUAAUUAUGUGAUUUGAUUAAUUAAAAUUUUAAUGACAUGCCUGACAACUCAGGGAGAAAGUGCAGAGAAUUUAAUUCGCAAGCUCUAUAUUUGACCCUGUAACUCUCCAAGACACCAUAAAACCUGUACAUUGGGAGUACUGUUUUACUCGGGAGACUUCGCAGAACUCAAAUAUUAGUGUUUCAAACUGGUAAAUUGUAUUACAACAAUGAUAUUUUAAGUAAAAGUGACGUUUUUUGCAUUUUUUACAAACAAACGGCACUUUGAUGGACUAUAUUAUUGUUGUAACAUGUUUUACUGUUUUAAAACACUAAUAUUUGUGUUUAAUGAAGUCUCCCGAGAAUAACAAUACUCCCAUGUACAGGUUUUAUUGUGUUUUGGAAAGUUAGAGAGUCACAUAUAAGGCUUGCAUUUCAUUUUUUUGACAUUGAAAUUUGCCAGAUUGGUUAUGUUGCCUUUGAGACCAUAUGGUAGCCCAGGAAUAAGAAUUACCCCCAUAAUAGCAUACCAAUUGCAAAAGUAGACAACCCAAGGUAUUGCAAAUGGGGUAUGUCCAAUCAUUUUUAGUAGCCACUUAGUCACAAACACUGGCCAAAUAUUAGUUUUUUUGCUUUUUUCACACAAAAACAAAUAUGAAUGCUAACUUUGGCCAGUGUUUGUGACCAAAUGGCUACUAAAAAAGACUAAACAUACAACACGUUCAAUACCUUGGGUUGUCUACUUUUUCAAAUGGUAUGGGGGUAAUUCUCAUUCCUGGACUACCACACCGUCUCAAAGGUAACAUUACUAAUCUGGCAAAUUUCAAUUUGAAAAUGGAACGUUCUUUAUUUGACCCUGUAACUUUCCAAAACACUAUAAAACCUGUUAAUGGGGGGUACUGUUGUACUCGUGAGACAUCGCUGAUUACAAAUAUGGGCAAUUUUUUGCAGUAAUACCUAACAGUAUUAUGACAUUUACAGCUAAAAUGUGAGGCGGAACUACAUAUUUUUUUUUAAAAUUUACAUUUUUUCACAGUUUUUUUAAAUUUUAUUCAUAAUAAAUUAUGUUUCAUAUAUAAAUAUUUGAUAUGAAAUGAAAGCCCUGUUUCUCCUGAACAAAAUGAUAUAUAAUAAGUGUGGGUGCAUUUAACAUGAAAGAGGUGAAUUAUGGUUGAACAGACAUAUAGCGCAAAUUCCAGUUUUUGUUUACGUUUUGUUUUGAUCAGAACGUGCACUAUUGACUCCGUCCUGAAGGGGUUAAAACAACACUAUAGCAUCAGGAACACAAAUGUGUAUUCCUGACCCUAUUGUGUUAAACUAUUUAGCCCCCACCCCCUCAAUGUAGCAAUAACGUACCUUAUUUCUAGAGCUGCACAAGUCCGCCAGUGCUGGAUCCGCCCAAUUGGCUAACAUAAUCUAAACUGAUGAUCUCAGUCAAUCACAAUGCUUUCCCAUAGGAAAGCAUCAGAUUGGCUGAGAUCUUCAAUUUUGAUGUCAGCCAAGGAAUCAAGUCAGGGGCGGCUGCCAUGGUUAAUUUUCUUAGUCAUAAAAAAACAAAACAUUUCUUACCUGAGAGAGAUGACAUGAGAGGGACCUCACGAUUUGGUGUCCAGUGUCCAUGCAGCCCUGAGCAGCUUGAAAAAGAUUGAGAGACGGCUUACUUGUCCACAGUCUCAAGACAGCUGCCUUCGCCCUUUACAGGCUUCUUCCUGCAAAAUAAUAAAAACAGAUUUUUGAAAAAAGAGACACGACUUAAGCAGUUUUAAAAAAAAAUGUUCUCUAAAAACAAAUAAAUUAAAUAUAUAUAUAGAUUUUCUUAAUUUUGUCUUGACGCCAAUUAAUACUUUGGUUUAACCUUCUGAUUGGGGCACCAAUGAUAGGUUGAGAACAUCAUCUGAGAGCUCAGCCUAGAAGUAGUUCCCCAGUCACAAAAACAGAGUGAGAAAAAUAUGUGUGCCGUGUGUGCAUGGGCAUGUUUCCCACUCUGUUUUGUGAUUGGCUGAGCCAGCCAGCGGCUUCCUGAUUUAACCAUUAAACUACAUUGGAAGUAGUGAGAUAAAAAGGUUUCUUACCUGAAAGAGAUGAAAUGAGAGGGACCUCGCGUUUUGGUGUCCGGUGUCCAUGCAGCCCUGAGAAGCUUGAAAAGGAGACUGAGAGACGGCACAGUCUCAAGACAGCUGUCUUUGCCUUUUACAGGCUUCUUCCUGCAAAAUAAUAUAAAAUGUUUUUUGUUUGUUUUUUGAUUUUUUAAUACGAUAAUACUACAGUAAUACUAUACUGUAAUUAUAACAUAUAUUACAUAUUAUCAUAUUAUUGUUAAUAUUAAGAAUUAAUAUAUUAUUAAUGAUUAUAAUAAUUUAUAUAAUUAUUAUAUAUUAUAUAAUAUAUUAUAAAUAUAGUAAAUAUAAUUAUAUUAUUAAUAUUUAAUAUUGUUAUGUAAUAUUGUAUAUGAUAUACCACCAUUAUUCUGUGAAAAGAUGGGGGAGGUACGGCUCUCCUGCUUUUUUCUCUCUUCUGCUCUGCUCUCCUUCCCUUUAUUUUCUUUUCAUCUGCUCUCCUUCCCCUUUUCUUUAUUUUCAUCCGCCCUCCUUCUCCUUUAUUUUUAUCUGCUCUCCUUCCCCUUUUCUUUAUUUUAUCUGCUCUCCUUCCCCUUUGUUUUCAUUUGCUCUCCUUCCCCUUUAUUUUUAUCUGCUCUCCUUCCCCUUUAUUUUUAUCUGCUCUCCUUCCCCUUUGUUUUCUACUUUCAGCCUUUCCCUUUUUGUAUUUUUUAUCUGCUCUCUUCCCUUUCUUUUUAUUUUACUCCGCUUCCUUCCUCUUUUGUUUUCAUUUGCCCUCCUUCCCCUUUAUUUUUUAUCUGCCCUCCUUCCCCUUUAUUUUUAUCUGCUAUCCUUCUUUUCUUUAUUUUUAUCUGCUCUCCUUCCCCUUUGUUUUCAUCUGCUCUCCUUCCCCUUUGUUUUCAUCUGCUCUCCUUCCCCUUUAUUUUUAUCUGCCAUCCUUCUCCUUUUCUUUAUUUUUAUCUGCCCUCCUUCCCCUUUAUUUUUUUAUCUGCCCUCCUUCCCCUUUAUUUUUAUCUGCUAUCCUUCUUUUCUUUAUUUUUAUCUGCUCUCCUUCCCCUUUGUUUUCAUCUGCUCUCCUUCCCCUUUAUUUUUAUCUGCUCUCCUUCCCCUUUUCUUUAUUGUAUCUGCUCUCCUUCCCCUUUGUUUUCAUCUGCUCUCCUUCCCCUUUAUUUUUAUCUGCCAUCCUUCUCCUUUUCUUUAUUUUUAUCUGCUCUCCUUCCCCUUUUCUUUAUUUUAUCUGCUCUCCUUCCCCUUUGUUUUCAUCUGCCCUCCUUCCCCUUUUUUUUAAUCUGCGAUCCUUCUCCUUUUCUUUAUUUUUAUCUGCUCUCCUUCCCCUUAUUUUUGUUAUCUGCCCUCCUUCCUCUUUAUUUUUUUGUCUGCCCUCCUUCCCCUUUAUUUUUUUAUCUGCCCUCCUUCCUCUUUACUUUAUUUUCAUGUGCUGUCCUUACCUUUUUCUCUCUUCUCUUCUGCUCUCCUUACGUUUUCUCUCUUCUACUGUGCUCUCUUUUCUUCACCAGCAGCUAUUCUUUCUUUUUCUUCUCUUCUUCUUGGUACCGCAGGCGGGGGAAUGCAGGGGGAGGUCAUUGUGUCGUGACGUCAUCGCUAAUCAGCAUGCGGAUUGGCCGAUUAGCAGGUUAGUGGCAGGAGGAGGGGUGGGGACUCACUACACCACGGAACCCAUGUGAGAGGGUUCCAUCUCAGCAAUGCGGAUGCGGCCGCCGGCCGGGCAUGAAAGGUUUUUAAUAAUUAAUUUUUUUACCACAGCGGCUCUCUAAUUACAUGGUUUAGGCGGCCGCGAGGCCCCUUUUAGUGCGAGGCCUUAGGCAGCCGCUUAAACCGCCUAUUUAGAGAGCCGCCUCUGCCUACCCCAUUCCUCUUAUUGCUGAAUUAUUUGAUAGACUCCUAGGCGCUAAAGUAUUUACUAAGCUUGACCUUAGAAGUGCUUACAAUUUAGUGAGAAUCCAGGAAAACCACGAGUGGAAGAUUGCAUUUAAUACCAGAAGUGGACACUAUGAAUAUCUAGUGAUGCCAUUCGGGUUGUGCAACACUCCAGCGGUUUUCCAAGAUUUCAUAAAUUAUGUACUUAGGGAUUACAUUUACUCGUUUGUCUUGGUCUAUCUGGAUGAUAUCCUUAUUUAUUCUCCUGACAUUCAGACUCACCACAAUCACGUUAGACAAGUUCUGCAGACUUUGUUAAAAAAUCAAAUUUAUUGUAAAUUAGAAAAACGCAUCUCUGACCAAUCUGAAGUACAGUUUUUAGGAUAUAAUAUCUAUGCCUCGGGGGUUUCAGAUGGAUCCUAAAAAGCUGGAAUCGGUCCUACAGUGGCCUUCACCCACUGGGUUGAAAGCCAUUCAAAGGUUCAUUGGUUUUGCCAAUUAUUACAGAAGGUUUAUAAAGGGAUUUUCUUCAGUAAUAGCCCACCUCCCCAAUAUGACACACAAGGGGGUUAGCAGUAGCAUAUGGUCUAAGGAGGCUAUAGAAGCCUUUGAAACUCUCAAACAGCGGUUUGCCUCCGCUGACAUAUUGAUAUAUCCUGACACCAGUAAACCUUUCAUACUGGAGGUUGAUGCAUCAGAGACAGGGGUAGGGGCAGUUCUCUCCCAGUCCAUUGCAUCCUUGUGGUUACUUCUCUAGAAAGUUGUCUCCUGCCGAGCACAAUUAUGAUAUUGGCAAUAGGGAAUUGUUGGCCAUUAUUCUAGCUCUCAUGGAGUGGCGAAAUCUUUUAGAGGGUUUCAAGGACCCCCUUUUGAUCAUUACCGAUCACAAAAACCUGGCUUACAUAGGAGACGCUAAACGAUUGUCUUCUAGACAAGCUAGGUGGUCUCUGUUUCUUUCUCGCUUUAAUUUUCUUAUUACUUAUAGACCAGGUUCUAAGAAUGUCAAGGCCGACGCCUUAUCCAGACAGUUUGAUACUGAGUCUAUACAAGAGCAAGAAAAGUCCCAUAUCAUUCCCCCGGAAUGUAUCAUUGCUUCCACUAUCCUUUCAUUGUCCUCUCCGCUGCUUGGCUCCAUCAUGGAGGCUCAGUCUUAGGCGCCCUGCGGUAAACCUCAGGACAAAUGGUUCGUUCCAUUAGGGGAAAGGGUUAAUAUCAUGAAGGUGUUUCACAACGAGGUAUCUGCCGGCCACCCGGGUAUUAAUAAGUCCACUUCUGCUAUCAUGAGAUCAUUUUGGUGGGAUUCCCUCAGGAAAGAUGUUAAGGAGUAUGUGCAGGCCUGUUCUGUUUGUGCGGUUUCUAAAGUUCCUCAUAAACUCCCUUGUGGCUUGUUGCAACCUCUUCCCAUUCCUGAGGUUCCGUGGUCCCACUUGUCCAUGGACUUCAUUGUCGAACUUCCUAAUUCUAAAGGUUUUCCCACGAUUCUCAUGGUUGUGGACCGUUUUUCUAAAAUGGCUCAUUUUAUCCCACUCAAGAAAUUGCCGUCAUCUCAAGACCUGGUGCUAAUCUUUAUACGAGAAAUUGUCUGUCUGCAUGGCAUUCCUCACAAUAUAGUAUCAUAUUGAGUUUGUGUCCUGGUUUUGGAGGGCUUUCAAUAAACAAUUAGGGAUUGAAUUGUCUUUUUCAUCCUCUUACCACCUCCAGACUAAUGAUACAGCUGAGAGGGUUAACCAGUCUUAGGAAUUAUAUUUGCGUUGUUUCGUUAAUAGCACUCAAGACAAUUGGUCCGAAUUACUACUAUGGGCCGAGUUUGCUAGGAACAAUGCUGACCAUGAGUCCUCUGGACAUAGUCCAUUUUUUGUUAAUAAUGGCCGACAUCAUACUGUCCUCCUAGCUGUUUUUUCUGACACAGCUAUUCCUGCUUUGGAUGACCGUCUUGCUUCUAUUUGUGAUACCUGGGUCAAAGUUCACUCUGCACUGGGGACUGCGGCUGACCGUUUUAAGCAUUAUGCUGAUAAACGGUGAGGUGCCAACCCUGUUUACCAGGUGGGUGAGAGGGUUUGGUUAUCGUUAAACACAACAUCAGGCUUAAAGUCCCUAGCAUGAAAUUUGCUCCCAGGUUCAUUGGGCCUUAUCGUGUCCUUAGAAGACUCAAUCCCGUUUCAUACUCUCUGGCCCUUCCAGCCUCAUUGAAAAUUUCUAACACAUUUCUUGUCUCCUUACUCAAACCUCUUAUUUGCAAUAAGUAUACUGUCCCAAGUGUCCCUCCUCCUCCCUUGGUUGUUUCUGCACAGGAAGAAUAUGAGGUAUUUUCCAUAAUUGAUUCCAGGUUUUCUCGGGGCACUUUACAGUACUUAGUGGAUUGGAAAGGUUAUGGACCAGCCGAUCGUUCUUGGGUUACGCGUCUGAUAUACAUGCUGGCCGCAAGAUUCGCUAUUUUCACGCCAAAUUUCCUCUCAAGCCUGGUCCUGCCUGCCCGGUGGGCAUUCUUCAGGUAAUGUCACGUAUUCAUCCGAUUAUAAAAAUGGGAUUAAUGGAAUUCACUGUUCAGACAGGAAAAGUUGUACCAAACAACAUUACUGUCCUGACAGGAAAAGUUGUGCCGAGCAGCAAUCAAAUCCACAGGAGGGUUUGUGCUGAGCAGCAAUUAUGCAAAUGGGAACCUGGUAACUGCCUUUGGGGUCAAAGGCCGAUUACAGCCUAUCAGAUCUAGAGGAGGGGUAUUUAGGCCCAGUUCUCAUCCUGCUCAGUGCCCUGUUGUGGUUUCCGAGAGGGUGUUAUUUAUUCUGGUUAUUCUGGUAUUUUGACUUUGGCAUUGAUUUUGACUUCCCUGUUUUCUGGCAUCCCUGACCCCUGGCUUUUCCUUAUCGUUGUGUCUCUUUCUGUGUCCCUUGACCUCGGCUAUUCUUGACUAUUCUUUGGUAUGUUAGUCCGGCCAUUCUAAGAUCCGGUAUACGUUACCUAUUAGUCCUCUGUAUUACACAAUUCUAUGUGCUGGAUCAUACUGUAAUCAUGACAAGUAAUACUUCCUGAUAUUAUUUUUAUCCCACACAUACUUAAACUCCUUUAUUGUGUUAACCUCUACCACUUCAGCUGGAAGGCUAUUCAUGCAUCCACUACCCUCUCAGUAAAGUAAUACUUCCUGAUAGUAUUUUUAACCCCUUCCCGCCGUUAUGGCGUUCUAUGCCGUUGCGGCAGCAUAGAACGUCGUAACGGCUUUGAGCCCCAGAGGACCGGCGGUACUCACCUCCGCCACGAUCCUCUUCUGGAGGGCUGCCAGACCGCCCAGGCAGCCCUCCUCCGGCGAAUGAGGCCCCCUAUUGCUGGCUGUGGAUCUGCCAGCAGGGGGGCUGUCUGAAAUAUCAGACAGUCUCCCUGCUGGUGGAAAGUGUAAAAAAAAUAAAAAAUAAACAUGUUAAAAUAAAUCAAAUAUAUUUUUAUAUAUAUAAUAUAUGUGUAUAUAUCUAUUAUAUAUAUAAUAUAUAUACAUAUUAUAUAUAUGUAACGUCAUACGUAAUGUAUUUUAAUAUUAAUAUAAGUAUAUAUUAAUAUUAAAAUACACUUAGAAUGACGUUACAUAUAUAUAAUAUGUAUAUAUUAUAUAUAUAAUAGAUAUAUACACAUAUAUUAUAUAUAUAUACGUAUAAUUACAAUAAUAAAUAAAUUAAAUAAUAAAAUAAAUAAAUAAAAUAUUGAAACAAAAUUUAAUAUAAAUUAUAUAUUCAUAUGUAACUUCAUUCUAACUGUAUUUUUUUAUUAAUAUAUAUAUAUAUUGGUAACAAAAUACACUUAGAAUGACAUUCUAUAUAUAUCUAUCUAUAUAUAAAAUACAAAUAAACGCAAAUAAAUAUAUAUAGAUAAAUACAUAUAAUUACAUAAAAGAUUACAUUAAUAUACAGGUAGCAUUUAAAUACCUAUAAAUGCAUAUAUAUUAAAAUUCUACGUGUAUAUUUAAGUAAUCUUUUAACAUAAUUAUGUGAUUUGAUUAAUUAAAAUUUGAUUGACAUGCCUGACAACACAGGGAGAAAGUGCAGAGAAUUUAAUUCGCAAGCACUAUAUGUGACUCUCUAACUUUCCAAAACACCAUAAAACCUGUACAUAGGGGGUACUGUUUUACUCAGGAGACUUCGCUGAACUCAAAUAUUAGUGUUUCAAACUGGUAAAUUGUAUUACAACGAUGAUAUUUUAAGUAAAAAUGAAGUUUUUUGCAAUUUUUUACAAAUGAACGUCAUGUUUAUGGACUAUAUUAUUGUUGUAAUAUGUUUUACUGUUUUAAAACACUAAUAUUUGUGUUUAGUGAGGUCUCCCAAGAAUAACAGUACCCCCCAUGUACAGGUUUUAUGGUGUUUUGGAAAGUUAGAGAGUCACAUAUAAGGCUUGCAUUUCAUUUUGUUGACAUUGAAAUUUGCCAGAUUGGUUAUGUUGCCUUUGAGACCGUAUAGUAGCCCAGGAAUAAGAAUUACCCCCAUGAUGGCAUACCAUUUGCAAAAGUAGACAACCCAAGGUAUUGCAAAUGGGGUAUGUCCAGUCAUUUUUAGUAGCCACUUAGUCACAAACACUGGCCAAAUAUUAGUUUUUUGCUUUUUUCACCCAAAAACAAAUAUGAACGCUAACUUUGGCCAGUGCUUGUGACUAAGUGGCUACUAAAAAAGACUAAACAUACCCCACGUUCAAUACCUUGGGUUGUCUACUUUUUCAAAUGGUCUACCAUUAAGGGAGUAAUUCUCAUUCUUGGGCUACCACACCGUCUCAAAGGUAACAUUACUAAUCUGGCAAAUUUCAAUGUGAAAAUGGAACGUUCUAUAUUUGACCCUGUAACUUUCCAAAACACCAUAAAACCUGGUAAUGGGGGGUACUGUUGUACUCGUGAGACAUCGUUGAUUACAAAUAUGUGCAUUUUUAUGACAUUUACAGCUAAAAUGUGAGGCGGAACUACACAUUUUAAAAAAAAAAUUAAAUUUCUCACAGUUUUUUAAAUUUUAUUCAUAAUAAAUUAUGUUUCAUAUAUAAAUAUUUGAUAUGAAAUGAAAGCCCUGUUUCCCCUGAACAAAAGGAUAUAUAAUAAGUGUGGGUGCAUUUACUAUGAAAGAGUUGAAUUACGGUUGGACAGACAUGUAGCGCAAAUGCCAGGUUUUGUUUACAUUUUAUUUUCUUCACAACGUGUACAUUUGGCUCCGUCCUUAAGGGGUUAAACCUUUGCCCCUCUAAUUUAAGACUAUGUCCUCUUGUUGUGGUAGGUUUUCUUCUUUUAAAUAUGGUCUCCUCCUUUACUGUGUUGACUCCCUUAAUGUAUUUAAAUGUUUCUAUCAUAUCCCCCCGUCUCGUCUUUACUCCAAGCUACACAUGUUAAGAUCCUUUACCCUUUCCUGGUAAGUUUUAUCCUGCAAUCCAUGAACCAGUUUAGUAGCCCUUUUCUGAACUCUCUCUAAAGUAUCAAUAUCCUUCUGGAGAUAUGGACAUUGGAUAGGACUCUAUCAAAUAUUCUGUACUCUGCCCAUGGGUUUUUACGUCCAAGAUGCAUUAUCUUGCACCUAUCCACAUUAAAUGUCAGUUGCCACAACUCUGACCAUUUUUCUAGUUUAACUAAAUUAUUUGCCAUUUUGCGUAUCCCUCCUGGAACAUCAACCCUGUUACAUAUCUUAGUAUCAUCCGCAAAAAGACAUACCUUACCAUCAAGACCUUCUGCAAUAUCACUAAUAAAAAUAUUAAAGAGAAUGGGUCCAAGUACAGAUCCCUGAGGUACCCCACUGGAGACAAGCCCAUGCUUCGAAUAUACUCCAUUGACUCUGUUGCCUGUCACUCAGCCACUGCCUUACCCAUUCAACAAUAUUGGAAUCCAAACUUAAAGAUUGCAGUUUAUUGAUAAACCAUCUAUGUGCAACAGUGUCAAAAGCCUUACUGAAAUCUAGGUAAGCAAUGUCUACUGCACCACCCUGAUCUAUCAUUUUAGUUACCCAAUCAAAAAAAAUCAAUAAGAUUAGUUUGGUAUGAUCUCCCUGAAGUAAAAAAACUGUUGUCUCUGAUCUUGAAAUCCAUGUGUUUUUAGAUGCUCAACAAUCCUAUCCUUUAACAUGGUUUCCAUUACUUUCCCCACUACUGAAGUAAGUCUUACUGGCCUAUAGUUGCCCGACUCCUCCCUACUACCUUUCUUUUGAAUGGGCACAACAUUCGCUAACUUCCAAUCUUCUGGGACUACUCCUGUUAACAAUGAUUGGUUAAAUAAAUCUGUUAAUAGUUUUGCUAGUACACCACUAAGCUCUUUUAAUAACUUUGGGUGUAUUCCAUCAUGUCCCAUUGACUUAUUUGUCUUUACUUUUGACAGUUGAAAUAGAACCUCUUCCUCUGUAUACUCACAUGUAACAAAUUACUCAUUUGUCCUUUUUCCUAACUGAGGCCCCUUUCCUUCAUUUUCAUCUGUAAAUACUGAUCAAAAAUAUUCAUUGAGACAGUCAGCUAGAGCUUUAUCCUUUUCUACAUACCUUCCUUCUUUUGUUUUUAAUCUAACUAAUGCUUGUUUUACUUUCCUUUUCUCAUUUAUGUAUCUAAAAAAGGUUUUGUCUCCCUUUUUUUAAAUGACUGUGCUAUUUUCUCUUCUAUGUGUGAUUUUAAGCUCUUAUAACUUGCUUAGCCUCUUUCUGCCUAAACUUCUGUCUUCCUCACUCUGUUUUUUUUUUAUAAUUACUAAAUGCUAACUUUUAGUUUUUUACUACUUUGGCCACAUCUGCGACGUACCACAGUGGUUUCUUGAAUUUUUUGCUUUUACUGACAAGCCUAAUGCAAUUUUCUGUUGCCUUCAGCAGUGCAACUUUUAAAUAAUCCCAUUUCUCUUGGACUCCAUUUAAAUUGUUCCAGUCUGAUAAUGACUCCUUUACACAUAUUCUAAUUUUAGAAAAGUCUGGUUUUUUUUUUUACAAAGUCUAAAACUUUUAGGGUUUUUUGUGGUGGGACUCAGUCACUGUUCUUAUAUUAAACCACACUGACGAAUGAUCACUAGAUCCUAGACUUUCACCUACAGUAAUAUCUGAUACCAAAUCUCCAUUUGUUAACACUAAAUUUAGUAUGGCCUCGAGCUGGCUCCUCAACAACUUUUUUUAGAGACAAUCCCAGUAGGGAGUUUAGAAUAUGUGUGCUCCUGGCAAAAAAGCUAUUUUGGUUUUCCAAUUCACAUCAGGAAGAUUAAAGUCACCCAUGAUGUUAACUUCCCCUUUCAUUGUCAUUUUAGCUAUUUCCUCAACUAGUAGAUUAUCUAACUCUUCUAUUUGUCCUAGGGGCCUAUAAAUCACACCUACAUGAGUUACUGUGUGAUUACCAAAUUCUAACUUAACCCAAACGGACACUAUAGUGCCAGGAAAACUAGUAUAUUUUCCUGGCACUAUAGUGGUCCUUUAAAUAUUCACAUUGGUUAAAUAGUGAAAUGAUUAAAGGAACACUCCAAGCACCAUAACCACUACAGCCUGUUGCAGUGGUCAUGAUGCCAGAAGAGUCCUGGCACCCUCCCAGUGUAAAUAGUCUAACCAUUUAAAGGACCACUAAAGGCACCCAGACCACCUCAUCUCAACAAAGUGGUCUGGUUGCAGUGGCCCUUCAGUUUUAACCAGGCAAUGUGUGGCUACUGGCUGUCUUCCUGACAGUAACUAGAAGCACUUCCAUGUGAGAACCGAUUCAAACGUGGUGAUUUGUUGCGCAUGCACACAAGCCUUCCAGCACAUACCUAUUGGAAGCAAUAGAAGAAUUUGCUGAGUUCACCUUGAGAUAAGUGCGACGAGGUAAGAAAGGUAAGUAAUACUCACUUUUCAAACCCUCACGAAGGGGGAAGGCACACACAAACAGUGUUCCUUUCAGAAUGUGGGGUACAUUGGCAUUUGCAGACAAAAGUGUCUGCACUGAGCUAACCCCAAGAAUACACUUAUUGCAUAAGAUAAUUCAGUUGACACUCUCAGCAAGCUGUACAGCAGUGAUUAGUUUAGUGGAGCUAAUGUCAGCUCCUUGGAGGAGCUUCUGGCUCCAAGUAGGACAACACGGGGCACAGGAUGGAAACCAGGUAAGUUGUCAAACUGUUCUUUAGUGAUUUGACUACUUACUCUUUGAGGACACCAGGGUUAUUUUUGUAGGCAGAAAAAUAUAGCAGAUCUGGCAACCACCUGGUAGGAAUUAAUAGAAGUUAAUUAACAAGCUAUGAAACCUGAAAUUGGGCAAAAUUUGAGUCGAUCCACGGAUAAUGUAGAUCAAUUUUGUUUAACUCAUAUUGGUUUAAUUUGCAUUUAGAUUGUUAUUCCAAGCACUCUGAUCACAUCAGUAAUUUGAAGUGGUCAUGGUGCCUGUAGUCUUUAUGUUCAGAGUUUCGCUAUGAAAGCCGGACUUGUAAGACCACCUCUGACAGUAUCAUUGAAGUGUCUUUAGCUAUCUUGGAGUGUUUCAGGUGACUAAUGUUAAUUCUGUGCAUAUUGAAUGUCUGAUGUCAGCAUAGCCUCCCCCCAACUUUUAUCACAAAAGGCAGCGUGCACAUUGAAAACACAACACAAACACAACGGCAGUCUGUAGACAUGAGAGCGAGUGCGUCUUAUGACACAUUUGUGCUAUGCUUGAUGGAAACUGUUCCUUGGUGCCCCCAAAAGCAGAACUCCGGGGACCUAAGACAGGAACGGACCCGAAAAUUAGAAAUGUCCUUCUUAAAUUGGGACUGUCAAUGGGUACUUGGUUAUGCCUACUCAGAGCCCAUCCCUGGCUCUCACAACUGUCUCCCUAUCAAUGCCCCUGGUGUCCACACUGGAGGAUAUAUUAAUCAAAGCAAUACAGGUGCUAUACUAGGUGAAAAGGGCUACAGUUUUGGGAGACAUUCUAUUGUUUCCAAAUGGUGGUGAUUGGUCCAUAAUUAGGACUCUGCCUCAGAACAGAUAACUUUCCAGGAUUUGGAAGAUGCAGAUAUGUUACUGGUCUCCAGUAUGCAUAAUGCGAGCACAUCUUUAGACACGCCAUGCUAUGCUGAGUGCAUUAGCACUGUUUCAGAGAAUAUUUCUGCAGUGCUCCCUGCAUGGUCUGCCCUAAUUUGUCAUAGACACUGUCAGUCAGCCUGGCAUAUAUUCACACCAGGCUGACACACUCAUUCUGUAGCUGGCCCCAUCCCCAUUCAAAAUUGAGAGGCCUUUUCAAAAUUCAAGGUGCAAGUACAUUCUGUCGGUCAGCCUGGAGAGCAUUUCUGUGUGAAUCCUCAGCCUGUCAGGACUGGGUUAUUGUCCUCCCCCAAUUAACAUUUUGUAUAGUUGAAAAACUUUUCAAAUAUGACCCCAACAGGGGUAUUAACUAAAGUGAGAAUUCAAUGUUUAGGUCAACGUAUCUGAACUGGAAGUAUAGCUAACUCACAGAUUUAUUUACAAAGAUGUGAAUUUAAAGUGAAUUUAACCCCUUAAGGGCCACUAGAGGCACUUCUGGGGCCUUAGCAGACCUUUGGUCCGCUAACUGACACUGGAUAUCCUCACGCUUUGCAUGAGGACAUCCAGUGUCAGCUAAAACCCCAUAGGAAAGCAUUAGGUCCCCCCCUCCCGCCAGCUGUUGUUGGCAAGGAGAAGCGGAGGCGGAACUUGACCCAGCGCCAAGAGACAGAGAGUCCAGUGAGUUUAAUUUGCAAGCCCUAUAUUUGACCCAGUAACUUUCCAAAACACCAUAAAACCUGCACAUGGAGUUAUUGUUGUACUCGGGAGACUUUGGUGAACACAAAUGUGUUGAUGGUGAUAUCAUCAGUGAAAGUGCAGUUUUUGUGUGAAAAAUGCAAAAUAAUAAAAUAUCAACAUUAAUUUUGGCCAGGGUUUGUGACUAAUGGCUACUAAAUAAGACUGGACAUACCCAAUUUUGAAAAAUCUGAGUUGUCUACAUUUGCAAAUAGUAUUCCAUGAUUUUUAUUACCCCAGCAGAUCCUGCUGAUGCUAUUGUAUCAUACUAAAAUGCCCCCUCUCUCUCUACAAAAAAAUCUCUUACUAAACAUCUGCUUAAUGCAGCCACGUCUCUGAUCUCCGCUUGGUGGCGUUCGAAGGAGGUGCCCACCCUACAGCAAGGUAGAUGAAAUGUAUUAAAUGGAGUCUAUGUAUCCUCACUUUAACUUUAAUCUAGAUUAGGGUGUGUUUCCUGGGGUACGGCUGGGCCAUUACUGUAGCAAAGGAUGGCAAACCUUGAUUCGUGGCACAGAGCCGGGAAAAUAUACAAACCUUGUAUCUAUAUAUUUUCGUGCAUGUGUUUUUAGAAAGUUCAGACUUUUUCAACCAAGAGUGUUGAUAACUUAUGUCAUAAGAAUCCAUUAUUAUUUAAAAACUGUGGAUCAGAUGGCAUUUUAUUUAUGUGAGUUAUCUUGUUAAAACAAACUUUCUUUGUUAACCAAAACAGAAAAAAACUGAUUCUCCUGAAAUUUUUAAAAAACAACAACAUAAUAAUAUAAUAUAAUUAUGAAAGUUACAAACAUGGUUGAACAGACAUAUAGUCAAAUCCCAGGUUUUGUUUUAGUUCAGAACUUGUACAAUUGCCUCUGUCCUUAAUGGGUUAAAGUGAAUUUCUAAUUUAAGGCCAGAACGGACGAUCGGAAAGCAUAGCCAACAGAUAUUUUUUUUCCUAGUUCGACUAUUUUAACCUUACAAAAUCCUGCAAGUCAUUUAAGGAGCUCCAGCAUUUAAAGUUAUUUUCUCAGAGCUGAGUGCUCUUAAAGGGCAGGCAGGUAAUAAUAUAUAAAUUUACCCCAGCUGGAGUGCAGCUCCCUAUCAAGCUGUGGACUCUUUCAGUACAUUAUAUAUAUAUACCUAAUACACAGUACUGCGAUAUAACAGCCCAGAACUGCUGCCAUUCCGAACCCUGUGGCUUGCCAGCUUGGCACACUAAUAAUCAGAGUAAUUCAAUGGAUUCCGGGUCCAUCUGGUGCGCUGCGGUCCUUCAGCCGCUAGAUGGCGCUGUGAGCGGUACCGGCUUCCAGCUCACUCGGAGAGGCAGACUAAGGAAGCGGCGUCUGACCCGCCAGGUAAUGAGAGAGUUCUCUGUGCCAGUCUUUUCUAUUCUAUUAUUUUAUGUGUCUGGACAUUGCUGCUCCCCGCCCUAUAAUGGCUCUCAGGCCGGGGAGAAAUGCCUCUUUGGCUGCUUAUUGACAUGUUGGGCUUAUCAUGAGCAGCUGAGGGGUAAUGCUUUAAAAUAGUUAGUUUUGCCGCCCCUGGCAUGUGAUGGGUUAAAGUGGUCCUAUAUAAAGGUGGGAAGGAGUGAUGCCAGGCUCCUGGUGGGGCAGCUGGGGUGUGUGGUGCCCCUUCCUGUCUAAUUAUAGAGCUGGGGACCAUUCAGGAGAGAGGGGGUGUAAAAGCACAAUAUGUAAGGCUAUACUAGUUACUAGGUGGGGGUAACAGAUUGUUGAUCCAAGGAAUAUGUGGAAGACAAGUCUUACUUUUUAAACCUAGUUCUGCAACUGUGGUCUAAUGGAAGGAGGAAAGCUGUGUUAAAAGUAUGUAGGAAUUGGAAAAGUGAUGCAAUAUGUCACUUACAAGGUCUACAAAUUCAAAUAAACACUUACAUUGCUUUGCUUUUAAACAACUGUUAUUCAUUAAUGUGGGAUUUUAAAUGGACAUUAUAAUGUUAGGAAUUCAGAGAUGUAGUUAAUUAGCACUAAUUGAAUGCAGUGCCCCUCUAAAUUAAAACUUGGUGUUUUUUUUUUUUAAAAUUUCUUAUUAUUAAUGUGGCACUGUCACCGUCUGGGGACUUGGCGUAAUUUGCAAAACCCCAACCGUGACAUUGCGGCUAGGGAAAAGAUGAGUUAUAAUUGCCUGAACCGGUCACUUGCGGGCUCUGCCGUCUUCUUCCUCCGCAUCCUCUUCAGCCCCUGGCUCACUGCUGUACGAGAGUACAGUAUUGAGGUCUAUGACAACUGCAGAAUCCUCCAUAGAUAAAGCCAAUUCCCUGCAGCCAUCACUGGUGACAGCUGAUGGAUUGACACUUCUAGAUGGCGAUGGCUAUGCCCAGUGUCUUGCAGUGUCAGGGGUAGGAAAAAUACUGAGACAAAGUAGUCCCUAUUUUUUCUCUGUAUAUCUGGUUGGAAUUUCAUUAAAAUUCCUAGACCGUCAACAUGAGUUCCAUCUUUAUGAAAUACUACUAUUUUUUUUUUUUUCCAGAGGGAGGUGGCAGUGGCCCUUUUUACUUUUCCACCUUGGUGUCUCUGCCAACUCACCUUCUCGGAAGUGUUUCUUCUAAAAAUUUUCUUUUCUCCUCCCCCCCCCCCUCCAAAUCUUUCUUAUAUGGCAGCAUUGGGGACAGGGUGCUUGGUAAGAACUGUGCUCGUCCAAUCAAAUGUUUUCAUAGAGAAGAAUUGUAUCCCAUGCUUCCCUAUGAUCAGCUAUUGGUGAUGCAAAUGUUACAUAACUGAAUUAGACUCUGUUCUCAUUGCGGAAUCUCAUUUUGUGGUGGUCCGGCAGACAUGCUAGAAGCGUCUUUAUCCCUGCCCACCCCAUCAUGGUGUCAUACCUCCCCCAAAUACUAACAAACUUGGCAAAACUACAACUUCCAUUAUUCUUUGCCAGCCUUCCAGCUGGUAGAGCAAUAUGAAAGUUGUAGAUCGGCAACAGGGGCAAGUAUUUUGGCCUGUUGUAAGCUAAACAAAGCUUCAUGGGUUCAUCGCUAUAAAUUUGACUUUAGCUAGAACUGCAUGUGUUGCACAAGCCAUUGAAAUUUUGUUAUACCUGACCUUGACUUCAGAUUAAUUAUGAAUGACACAAAUAGGCUUUGCAAAUUUGUCACUACAGGCAAUCUAUAAUUAAGUGUUGCAUCUUUUUCAGGUCAUCCCUGUAAAAAUCACUUGGGGGGGUGGGGGGGUUUAGGAAAACAAGGUGAUUUACUCUAUAUGGUCAGGAUUGUUGCAUGGGUAUUAAAUAGAAAAAAAAUAAAAAUAAACCAUAACAACCAAAGCACUAAAAUCACUACAUCUAAAGGGGAAUACAUGUGUUCCCCCUUCUGUCUCAGAAUCUGUUUUCCCAACGGCAUUCAACUCUGUCCACAUUGCGAGAAAUGGCUGGCUAAUGCUGCUCUCUGCUCCUCCCCACUGCUGGUGCUAUCCCUACACGCUGUGCAACAAAACUCACUUUAUGCAGCUGCUAGUCGGCAUCACCAUACAGCGGGCAUAGUGAUCAAGCAACACGGCUUGUCUCUGGCAGGGCUACACAAGAAAAAGAAAAAAAAAAUACUGCCUGGCAUCCAGAACUAAAUUUUUCUGGUGAUUAACGGCUUCACUGCUGGAAUUGUGUAUACUCCAUUUAGAGGGCAUCUAGAAUCCUUGUGUGUGUGCAUACGUGCUUUUCAACAUUGCAAAAUAGAUGUAGUUUUCAUAUGCAGUUUGUGCCAUGUGGAGUCUCGAGCAGAAGAGCGGACACUACUAUUAGAGCGGAUUGUUUGCUGGGAUGUCCUGCAGCUGCACAGAUUGGUGAUAUUGAAGGACCUCCCGACUGCCUCUGCUUAAUGUAGCUGUUCUGGUGAUCUCUCUGAUGGCUAAAACUUAAUGUAGUUGUUCAGGUGAGUAUAGCAUGUCCCUGCAGGCUUUUUUUUAAUGUAAACACUAGCUUAAGUAUUUUGCAUCAAAUGAAAACCAGUUGGAGUUAUCCUUCCAUCAUUUUGCAAAUUACUGCAGCCAUUAUAAGCAGGAUGGAUUAAACUAGCAAGCACCAUAACUUCUGCAGCACACUGUAGUUUUCAUAGUGCCAGGAGUAAAUGAAUCCUCUACCCCCCCCAUCCUCCCCAUGUAAGUAAUCAAACUGUCUUAGAACAUUUUGACUUAUAACCCUGUUAAAUUUCUAUUAAAGGACCACUAUAGUGCAAGGAAAACUUACACUUUUUUUUUUUCUGGCACACUGUAGUGCCCUGAGGGUGCCCCCACCCUCAGGGACCCCCUCCCGCCGGGCUCUGGGGAGAGGAAGGGGUUAAACUUCUUUCUCCAGCACCGGGCGGGGAGCUCUCCUCCUCCUCUUUGGCUGAAUGCGCAUGCGUGGCAGGAGCUGCACGUGCAUUCAGCCAGUCUCAUAGGAAAGCAGUCAUAAUGCUUUCCUAUGGACGCUUGCAUCUUCUCACUGUGAUUUUCACAGUGAGAAGCACGCAAGCGCCUCUAGUGGCUGUAAAGAGACAGCCACUAGAGGCUGGAUUAACCUAAACAUAGCAGUUUCACAGAAACUGCUAUGUUUAUAAAAAAAAAAGGGGGUUAACUCUAGCUGGACCAGGCACCAAGACCACUUCAUUAAGCUGAAGUGGUCUGGGUGCCUAUAGUGGUCCUUUAAUAGAGAAUGAUAUAAGAACGUCUAAACACAAUAUGCUGUAAGAUCUGAUUGAAAAGCAAACCGUUGGCAGAUCCCUACCUUUACCGCAGCCUUCUUUCUGGUGUUGCAGUGCUUAUCUCGUAAGGCGAUAAACUGAUGCUUAACCAAUGAGCUUACACUGUUAUGAAAAUAGUUCAGCACAGGAGCUUGGGACAGUGUGACUCUAGGCACCAUAACUACUUCAAUGAAGUGGUUAUCGUGCCUAGUGUUCCCUUUUUUAUUUUCAGGUAGUUUUUGUUUUAUAUAUGGAGUCAAACUAGUAGUGGUUAUUCAGGUCCUGUGGAAGGCAUCCAUUUGCAGGAUAAUGACAUGAUUUUUUUUUUUUUUCUUUCACACCUUGCAAACGUGUUAUUUAUAGAAAUAAGUAAACACAAUAGUAAAAAACCCUCCUUGGGAGUGUUUUCACUUUAAACGCACAUUCAAUUUAAGGCACUGGAGCAUAUUUACUGUUUUUAAUAUAAAAUUGUAUUAAUAUUAAUUAACAUUUGAUGGUUACUGAAAUAAUUUAUGCUUUAGCAACCACCCACCCUCCCCCCACUAUUAAAGUAUACAGUGCAAGGCCAUAGACUUUAUGUAAAGCAAAACAUCACUUUGAGUGCUGGCUUGAGCUACAGAGUCUCUUAAAUUGGCAACACACUUCAGCCAUAAUAAAAUAACUUUAUUUGCAAUGCAUUCUACAUGCAUGGAAACACCCUUUGUUUGUUCUGAAAAUACUGUGUCCUGGACUGAAUUGGAACUAUCCUGUCCAAAUAUCUAGUUUCCCUAUUUUAUGAAUCUCUGACUGUAAUCCUUACAUGGACAAAAGUAUGGCUUCGUUUUUAUAAUUACCAUUCAGUCAUAAACCUAUGAUAGAUUAAUGGGUUAGCCAAAGGGGAAAAAUAAAGUAUUUUUAUGUGAAAUUCUGCUUAAAGCUAUGGUACUUGUACACUAAAGGCCCAUAUAUAGUGCUUUUCUAAGUAAUGUUUUUCAUCUAGACCGCUUCACUCUGGCUCUACCUCUUCUAUCGUACUAUCAUCAGUAUUUACCCCUUAUCAAAAUGACUCCGAUCUCUUCACUUGCCCAUUUUUUUUUCUGCUUCCAACACAUGAUCUAAAAAAACAAACAAACUGGCUGUUAACUUGCAAUGAUCAAUGUCUUUCAUUUCACCUGUCAGUGGUUUUAAUGUUGUGGAUGAUCAGUUUCAAGUUUAGAAAGACUCUCUUCUGCAGCAAAUCUUGGACAUUACCGACCAGGAAUAUCCGCUUUAAACCUGUAUUCAGAUGUUGUUAUAAUCUGAAAAUGUGUUUUGCUCGUAGAAUCUGGGCUCCUUUUCAAAAGUUGUUGUGGAGAACAUGUCCUAUGUUCCGAGUGACAGACCAACCAGGCAGGACGACAUAAAGAAAGGAUUACAGUUCAUCCAGUAAGUAUUAAUGUAUACAUAUCAAUUCUCCUGUUGGAGAGGACUGGAAGCAGGUAAGUUGUCAAACUGUACUUAAAAGAAAAAGUACUAAAAGACCGCAUGCACAGUUGCCAGGGGAGAACUUUGCACUGCAUUAGAUGGGCUGCUACUGAUAGAGUGGCAAAAGAAAAUGAAGUCAGACUGGCUUAUCAAGUAAAAGUAUACUAUAAGCGAAAGUUGUUUUGGUACUUAAAAGGCACCCAAAUAAUUUUAGUUUUAUUAUGUUUGAUGUAUAGAACAAACCCCUGCAGUCUUUCUGCUUAAAGAAACACUCUGGUGCUGGGAAUACAAAUGUGUAUUCCUGAUGUCACGCCAAGUGUGCAUAAUUGUUGCAGUAUGGAAUAUUGUCAUUUUAAUGUGAUUUGUGUAGUGCGUACAUGAAUUGGCUACUUGUAGAGUUAGUAUGGUCAUUGUUAUUGUAGAGGAUAAUGUCAGUAGGGAAUCUUUUAACGCAUAUAGGAAUAUGAUAGAGGUGUGAAAUGUUAAACAUAAGUUGCCUCCGAGUCUAGAACAAUGUAAGCUAGCUCGCUAGUUUACCAUAUGUCUGUAUCUCCUUUUAGAUAGUUGGUUAUUUUUUAUAUGCUAAUGGCUGUUAUCUUUCAGGAAACCAUUGUGCUCCACUAUCAAAUCUAAAAGAAGCGUUCAUAACCCACACAUGAAUAAUCAUGACUCUUGUGCAUAUUUAGAAUAGAACACUGCCUACAAAAAGAGUGUGUAAAUAUGGCUAGUGCAGUUGAAGUAAUUUAAAAGGAAAUGUGAAGUCCAUUUUAUUAGGACACGUGUAGAAAGUGUUACAUAUGUCUGGAAUGGGAAAACUACUACAAAAUCAGAUGCAAUGAGUAUCUGUGGCAAGCACAAGAAGAAAUAAAAUCAAAUUUCUAUUUGGUGGAUGGGUGUUGUGUUCCAGACCAACAUCAAGCCAAUGACAACUUGGAAACCUGAGAUGAAUUCAGGAGGUAUAAAUCGAAUUGAUGGGCAAAUGUUAAAGGACCACUAUAGGUACCCAGGCCACUUCAGCUCAAUGAAGUGGUCUGGGUGCCAGGUCCAUCUAGGGUUAACCCUGCCUGUUGUAAACAUAGCAGUUUCAGAGAGUCCCCGGCGCUGGAAAAAAGGUAAGGGAUUAACCCUUUCCUCCCCCUUCAGCCCAGCAGGAGUGGGACCCUGAGGGUGAGGGGGACCCAAGGACCAUAUAGUGCCAGGAAAACAAGUGUUUUCCUGGCACUAUAGUGGUCCUUUAAGUGUGCUUACUAGGUGCCAAGAUCUUAUUUUGAGUUGAUGCCAUCUUUCCUUGCAAGAGACCCCCACCCCAGAGCAGAAAAUACUGAUACUUUACCAUCUAAGGGAGUGGUUAGGUUCUUUGUUUAUUUCUUCUUUUGAUGAUUUUAAUUUUUUUUGGUGCAAGUAAUUUGUUUGUCAUCUAUUUUCUUUCUUUUUUAAAUAUGACUAUUGCUUGUUCAGAAUUAAUAUUCCUUUAAGUUCUUCCUUUGUCUGGUAAAGACACUACUUACUGGAAGAGACAAAUGUAUUUGGGUUUUGAAAUUGCAUAGAUUUGUACUAAAUUGUAUUUGGUGUGUGUGUGUUUUUUUAUUCUAAUUGCCAUGGGGACCAAGGAACCCCAUUUAUAAAUUGUAUUUGGUAGCAGUGUUAUAAAAUAGUAAAAUGUAUAUUCUGGUGUUAAGGGCAAUUUUUUAUCACUUCCGGUCUAGUGCUGACAAAUAAUGUAUUUUAACCCUUUCACCACCAGAAUGGCUGUGUGCACACUUGCAGUAGGGUGCAUUGUGAAACCUGAAACUAGUGCCUGUGUGGGCAUUUAGGUCCCCAGUUUUUCUGAAAAGGCAGUCUUUACAUUAAAAAACUAGCAGUGACAAGCUUUAGGGGACAACAUAUAUAUAUUUUUUUUCGAUACAUAAAUGAGAAAAGGAAAGUAAAACAAGGAUUAGUUAGAUUAAACACAAAAGAAGGAAGGUAUGUAGAAAAUGAUAAAGGUCUAGCUGACUGCCUCAAUUAAUAUUUUUGAUCAGUAUUUACAGAUGAAAAUGAAGGAAAGGGGCCUCAGUUAGGAAACAGGACAAAUGAGUAAUUUUACAUAUGGGUUUACAGAAGAGGUUCUAUUUCAACUGUCAAAAGUAAAGACAAAUAAGUCAGUGGGACCUGAUGGAAUACACCCAAAGUUAUUAAGAGCUAUUAACAAAACUAUUUACAGAUUUAUUUAACCAAUCAUUAACAGGAGUAGUCCCUGAAGAUUGGAAGCUAGCAAAUGUUGUGCCCAUUCACAAGAAAGGUAGUAGGGAGGAGUCGGGCAACUAUAGGCCAGUAAGCCUUACUUCAGUAGUGGGGAAAGUGAUGGAAACCAUGUUAAAGGAUAGGAUUGUUGAACAUCUAAAAACACAUGGAUUUCAAGAUCAGAGACAACAUGGGUUUACUUCAGGGAGAUCAUACCAAACUAAUCUUAUUGAUUUUUUUGAUUGGGUAACUAAAAUUAUAGAUCAGGGUGGUGCAGUAGACAUUGCUUACCUAGAUUUCAGUAAGGCUUUUGACACUGUUGCACAUAGAAGGCUUAUCAAUAAACUGCAAUCUUUAAGUUUGGAUUCCAAUAUUGUUGAAUGGGUAAGGCAGUGGCUGAGUGACAGGCAACAGAGGGUUGUAGUUAAUGGAAUAUAUUCGAAGCUUGGACUUGUCACCAGUGGGGUACCUCAGGGAUCUGUACUUGGACCCAUUCUCUUUAAUAUUUUUAUUAGUGAUAUUGCAGAAGGUCUUGAUGGUAAGGUAUGUCUUUUUGCUGAUGAAACUAAGAUAUGUAACAGGGUUGAUGUUCCAGGAGGGAUAAGCCAAAUGGCAAAUGAUUUAGGUAAACUAGAAAAAUGGUCAGAAUUGUGGCAACUGACAUUUAAUGUGGAUAAGUGCAAGAUAAUGCAUCUUGGACGUAAAAACCCAAGGGCAGAGUACAGAAUAUUUGAUAGAGUCCUAACCUCAACAUCUGAGGAAAGGGAUUUAGGGGUGAUUAUUUCUGAUAACUUAAAGGUAGGCAGACAAUGUAAUAGAGCAGCAGGAAAUGCUAGCAGAAUGCUUUGUUGUAUAGGGAGAGGUAUUUGCAGUAGAAAGAGGGAAGUGCUCAUGCCAUUGUACAGAACACUGGUGAGACCUCACUUGGAGUAUUGUACACAGUACUGGAGACCGUAUCUUCAGAAGGAUAUUGAUACCUUAGAGAGGGUUCAGAGAAGGGCUACUAAACUGGUUCAUGGAUUGCAGGAUAAAACAUACCAGGAAAGGUUAAAGGAUCUUAACAUGUAUAGCUUGGAGGAAAGAUGAGACAGGGAGAUAGAAACCUUUAAAUACAUAAAGGAGGAGACUAUAUUUAAAAGAAACUACCACAACAAGAGAACAUAAUCUUAAAUUAGAGGAGCAAAGGUUAAAAAAUAAUAUCCGUAAGUAUUACUUUACUGAGAUGAUAGUGGAUGCAUGGAAUAGGCUUCCAGUUGAAGUGGUAGAGGUUAACACCGUAAAGGAGUUUAAGCAUGCGUGGGAUAUGCAUAAGGCUAUCUUAACUAUAAGAUAAGGCCAGGGACUAAUGAAAGUAUUUUUAAAAAUUGGGCACACUAGAUGGGCCGAAUGGUUCUUAUCUGCCGUCACAUUCUAUGUUUAGACACAAGAAUAUCUACAUAAAGCUGUAGUUGUUCUUGUGACUAUAGUGUUCCUUUAAUUCUUUCCCAAUUAGGAGUUCAAUAGCUGUUUAUACAGCUCCAGCAACACCUCUCCUAGCGGACUGUCACCAUUACACAUUUCCUUUAAUUUAGUUGAUCUCUUACCCUUUUAAUAGCCUGCAGGAGUUUCAUGUGUAAUAUGCAGGGGUCACUUAAGUGAGAAAUAAAAUUGAAUUCAAAGUGAAUAUCAAAUUUAAGGUCAAAAUGGCUGAUCCUGUAGUGUUAAACCCUCCAUCUAGCCCCUCCUGCCUCCAUAAAUAUAGUAAAAGUCUUACUGUAUUCAAGCCUGAAGCUGUAACUCUGCACGCUGUUUGCCUCAGAAAAACAAGCUGUCUGCUGACAUCAUCAGAAGUGGUAGCAUAAUCCAAUCACAAUGCUUCCCCAGUGGAUUGGCUGAGACUGACAGAGGCAGAUCAGGGGCAGAACCAGCAUGAUUCAAACACAUCCCUGGCCAAUCAGCAACUCCUCAUAGAGAUGAAUUGAAUCAAUGAAUCUCUGAGGAAAGUUCAGUGUCUGUAUGCAGAGGGAGGAGACACUGAAUGUUUGGAUGCAUUUUAGGCAGCCAUGACCCAGGAAGGAUCUCUAACAGCCAUCUAAGGAGUGGCCAGUGAAGUUAUCCCUAGGCUGUACUGUAAACACUGCAUUUUCUCUGAAAAGACAGUGUUUACAGCAAAAAGCCUGAAAGUAAUGAUUCUACUCACCAGAACAAAUACAAUAAACUGUAGUUGUUCUGGUGACUAUAGUAUCCCUUUAAAUUUUGAACUCUUUGAAUUCUCACCUUGCUAAAGAACCCUGUUAAAUUUAUAUUCAUAGACCAGGAGAUAUGAACUUUUAAAGUAAACACACUGUUCUGUAAGACCGGAUUGAACGGCAAACCAUAUUUAAAAAAAAAAAAAAAAAAAAAUAUAUAUAUAUAUAUAUAUAUAUAUAUAUAUAUAUAUAUAUAUAUAUAUAUAUAUAUAUAAAUUUUUUUGCUGGGGCUGCAUAAACAAACAAAAGUGAUCUAACUCCUAUACACCACAACUGCCUUAUUAAACUAAAGUUGUUUUGUUGCAUGGCAUGUCUAAGUUAACACAUAGUUGGUUAGGUGAGCUAAAGUAAACCUAUGGUUAAAAAAAUGAAGCAUGCUGUGUAACACUGUUUUUACCCAAAACUAAAGUAGAACAAUGAAUAAUUUGUAAGUUUGUGUGUUUUUUACAACUUUAUUUAAUGGUUUCUUUAAUUCCAGAUCUUCUUUGCCCUUCUUUGGAUCGGAUUGCGAAUACGAGGUAAAAUAGUUAUAGCUAUAUAGUUUAAUGGCAGGGUGCCUAAAAGGUAGAUCCCCAGAUGUUUUUAAAAACGACAGCUUCCAUGAUGCUUUGUCAUGCUAAAUUAUUUUAAAGGCAUGGAAAGCAUAAUGGGUAGAUCUGGAGAUCUACCUAUUGGACAACCCUUGUCUAAACGAAUGCUCCACGGUACAAAUCACAAAUUUGCUCUUGAGUACAUAUACCCAGAUGAAUACAUGCAUACAUUUAGUCAUGGGUGGUAUUUUUAAAAAAAAUAAAGCUUGGGGUAGUCACUGGAGAUCUUGAAGCAAGCCAUGCCAUUGUCAGGCAUGCUCUUACUUCUGAGAGAAGGCUAUUGCACUCUGGCAGAGAAAGCAUGCCACUACAGUUAGCUCAAUGGUGCUAAUGUAGGGAAGACAAAUGUUUCUUAAUUGAUUACUAAAAGUACAGAUUUCUCAUGGAAAUAGGCACCCUUAUUAACUGCAUUGAAAUGGGAUGAUAAAGCACUUUGGCAAACUGAAGAGCUAAAUAACUUUGUGGAUUCUCUAAUAGGUUGAAGGAUCACUACGCACAAAUACAGAUACUUGUACCAUAUAGCAUUGGGUGAAAACAAUAUUAAAUUGCCACCUAGGAAAAUUUUAAUUAAGAAAAUAGAACGAAAUACACGAGGCAUAAAUGAUGGACCCAAGUAUGAUGAACCUAUUUUUCUUGCAUGUUUGUUUCAUAUUGUUCUCGUCUAGAUUUUCUUGAAAAAACUUGUCAUAAACCUCUUCAAUGAAGGAAAUGAUUUGUUCAGAGAAGGUCGUACAAAUGACUCUGUAAACCAGUACUCUGAAGCACUGAGCAUUGCUGACUACGCAACUUCAGAGGACAUCUCAAUCCCAAAAGAGACAUUGGAAAGACUGUAUUCAAACCGGGCAGCAUCCUACUCAGACAUGGUACUUAUGUUUUUUUCUGUAUAGAGGACAAACUAUCGCCAGCAUAAACCUGCUUGUCUAUUACAACGCCAGCAUAAACCUGCCUGUCUAUUACAAUGCAAAUGUAUGUCUAUGUCAUUAGUUGCAACCAGGAUAUUUUGUAGUCUAUUUGUUAAACUGACUUUCACCUAAUGAAAUAUUAAAAGGGUAACUAUUUUAAAUUCAGAAAUGCUUGCCAAAAAUCAGUCUGCAGUUUCAUAAGCACCCUAGAUGAGCCAAAUUUCUCUUUUUUUCACAAUCCUUACAAUUUGUAUAGUAUGUGUUCCUACAAAAAUAAAUCUAAAUUUAACAUAAUCCAGAGAUGGGAAUAAACUCAAACUUUGAGCUAGUCUUUCCUUUUUAAGGGUCACUCAGAGCACUAAUAUAGCUUUGAUGUAUUUAAUACAUUUUGGCCUUAUUAAUAUGCUGUAUUUAUCUGCAUGCUCAAAUCUUUGUAAUUGCACAAAAGUUCUGUGGAAUGCUGUGCCAUAGGACUAUUUCCUUAGCCACGCCCACCCUCUCAAGAAAAAUACUUCCUUACCAAUCUGCACGAGUAUCAUCACUGAGUGUUCUAAACUACAAUGCAACCUACUUUAGGAGAGGACACCCUGGGAUCUGUUGCAUGCAUUUGAUGAGGAUGUCUUUCUGGCUUGAGGGGAUGGUGUGGCAUGCUGCAAAACCUUUCAAUUGUUUUUUUUUUUUUUUUUUUUAAACAAAAUAAUUGAGCAUGCAAAAAGACCACAUAUUAUUAAUGAGGUCAAAACCAAAUACAUUAAAAUUGUAUUGCUGCAGGAGGGUCUGUUUAGAAAGACUCGUAAGGUCAAUGGAAAUUCCCAAUACCUAUUAAAUAUGCAAGCUCAUUAUAAAGAUUUUACUCCUAUAACACAGAAACAAACACUAAAUACACCUUGAUGGUUGCUCUAGGCUGUAUUAAAGGCUUUACAUUACUUGCAGUAAGUGGUUGCUGUAAAUCAGUGGCGGAACUGCAGGGGUCGCAGCUGCGACUGGAUCCACCACUUCAGGGGGCCUGGCGACAUGGUAGAGCCGCUAGGGCUGCAUGUUAAGGGACGCAGAGCAUGGGCCACCCUAUAGAAAUGAAUUUCCAAGGGGCCCAGUCAGCACUGUGGCGCUUUAACAGUGCGACCGGGCCCCGUUAGAUGACCUCACAGCUGGGCGGAAGUGACUGCCUCUGUCACUUCUCGUGCGGGAGGAAGAGGAGGGAGUCAGAGUGGAAACUCUGACUCCCUUUAGGCUGAGCCACCACUGGACCUCAGGGAAGGUCACCCUCCUGCACCUAAAAGGUAGGAAACAGGAGGGUGAUUUAAACAUUUUGUAUGUGUUUGUCUACAUGUGUGGGGGCAAUGUAUGGGAGGGGGCGGGUAGACGUAUGGGGCGGGGGGGAGGUAGGUGGCAGGGGGUAGACGUAUGGGGGCCCCAGGGCAGUUGUCUGCACCGUGGCCCCAUGGUUUCUAGUUAUGCCUCUGCUCUAAAUAUUUUACUAUUAGACACUUUUUAACAUGCAUUGUAUAUUAACUUUUUUUUUUGCUCUGCUUUAGGGUUUUCAUGAAAAUGCAUUAAAAGAUUGUGAAGCUGCCUUAAGCUUGAAUCCUGGCAACCUCAGAGCCCUGUACCGGAAAUCAAAUGUUCUGUACAUGUUGGAGAAAUACAAGGAAGCUUAUGAUGCAAUAGCCAGCUGCUCCCUCACUGCCCCGCAGGUAGGACUUGCAAAAGAAGAAUAUUUGUUUCCUGGUUCCUUCUUUGUUGUUAAACUGAUUAAAUGUCAGAGAAAAGUAAACCUUGCAGUUCAAUGCAUUGUAAGACUAUUUAAUCACUUUGUCUCCCUUCAGUCUUUAAAGGACAUAGUGUAGCUCAUCAACCUUUAUGGUAAUUUAAUAUGUAAAAAUAUUUAUUUGUAGCAACACAUUUGUGGGUACAUAGGAAAGCAUCUGACAUGUUUUAGGAAAAGGUUUCAGACUUUACAUUGAGAUGUAGGUUAUGGAAUAGCCAAAAAAGCACAUAGUAUUUUACCAUAAUCCUAGUGAGUCUUAACCAUUUUUACCUUUUGCACUACCAGGUCUUUAAAUAAACGUGGGGAAUCCCUUUGCACAUUGUCUUAUUCAGGCCGCUAUGUGUAAUCAAUCUAUUUAUCAACAAAGUUUAUCAAAAGGCAAAAAUACUUAUCAGAAUGAAGUAAGUUGAGAAUAAAAGGAAAACCCUUUUUUCUAUGAAGUUCGAAAGUGACUGAAAAUGUCACCAUUCUAUGGAAACACAAUGACAGGUUGAGUCUUACAAACCUGAACAGUCCCAAAACUGCACAUCUUAGAGAACCAUAUUCAGACAGAUCCUUUGUUCACCAGGAAGAGGCUCCACCAAUUGGAAGCCUUUCUCAUCUUAGGUGUCUGGUACUAUCCCAUAAUCAACUCUUCAUCAGAAGUUAAUGUUUAUAAGUAGUUUUUCACCCAUCUGUUCCACUCAUAGAUAAAGUUGAGUGGAACUGUUUUAUGAACAAAUUGCAUCCAAAAAGCAGCUAUCAGUAUUAAGGAAUUCCUAGAGAAAAAGUGCAGGAUACUCUGUGCCAAAGUCACAUAGUGCUUAUGGAAAAUAAUUACUAAAAUUUAACAUAAAUUUGCUUAGAAUUUCUGCACAAGUUGUGCAACUAAACAAAAUAUCUCAAAAUAAAUCUGUUUACUACUGGUAGUGGUAGGAAUAACAGGAACAAACCGCAGAAGCCACACAUAGAGAUCUGGACACAAGUCUUCAGGAAGUAACAGGUCUUUUAUUUACACACCGAUUGGGUCUCCGAUGAACUCCUGUUCCAAAAAUAUCCGAGAGGGAAAGCAUGGUGCAGAGGACUUUUGUUAGCAGCAUAUCUCGUCCCAUACAGUAUAAACCCCUCCUAUAUUCCUCAGACCAAUCAGCACACAGGAUAUUCAGGAUCACCUUAUAUGAGCAGACCACAUGGCAUUUACAGACAAAAGAAUGUACUAUCCACUUCCACACAUGCUCAGUAUACUGAUGACUCAUCCAACUGUUUGUAAUCAGAUACGAUUUAGCAUAUGCCAUGUGGAGAUUUCGGCCUACUAAAUUUUGACCAUGCUGGAAUCCCAUCACAGUAGUUAAUAUGCCUGAUUAGUUCAGUAUUUCAAUAUAUUUUAAGAAGUUAUGAAACAGAUAUUGUAAAUAAAUGAGUUUUAACCUUUGCAAAGUUUGGGCAAGUUACAAAUACGCACUUGUGUAUAGUGGUUUUGUAUCUGUAAAAUAUAUAGGGUUGUAACGAAGUGUUUUGACACUUUAGACAUCUAGUUUAUUUUUAUAUAUAUUUUUUUCCCCCACAUGCCUUUCAAUGUCAUUGGACAACACAAAGGAUUAUAUAUACCUUUUGUGUUGUCCAAUGACAUCCCCUGGCCAAUCAGCAGGUCAUCAGAUAUGCAUUGAAUCAAUGCAUCUCUCUGAGGACGUUUUUAAGCUUCUCCAUGCAGACGGUAGAGACACUGUCGCUAGGUGGUAGCCAUCUGAGGAGUGGCCAAUAGAUGUAUCCCUAGAAUGUAAUGUAAACACUGCCUUUUAUCUGAAAAGGUGGUGUUUACUGCAAAAAGCCUGAAGGGAAUAAUUUACUCACCAAAACAAAUACAAUAAUCUGUAGUUGUUCUGGUGACUAGUGUCCCUUUAAGACUUUGGUGUUCCACUACUGGAAAUACCCCCAGAAUACAGCAACAGCCACCUUGUAAAACUGCCAGAUUUUUGAGAUUAAAGACAAAUUUAUAGACCUGCCAAUUGUGCCCUACCAGGCUUAAUGGUCAACCCAUUUGAGAACGUAUCUGGCAUCUGCUAUUAACCUCAUGCUGUGUCCUUGGAAGCUCAUGUAUUGUAAUAAAUGUGGAGGUGUAUAAUUAUUAAAUAUAAUAUAUAUUUUCAGGAUGAAAGUGUGGUGAAGUUGACCCAAGAACUAGCAGCAAAGUUGAAUCUGAAAAUCAGAAAAGCGUAUGUCAGAGCCCAGGUACAGACUUUAGUGGUGGUAUGUCUUCAUAACGAAUAGUAAGAGUUAAUAUAUUUUUUUUUUUUAGUUUGAAUAACUUUUAUGCAUCAUGUCUUCCAGCCGGAUCUGCAAAUGUGUGCUAUUGAUGUAACAAGUAAGGUAGUGUAUGUGCUUUGGCUUUGAUAUUCUUUGGCAAGAAUAAUCCAAAUUGGUUGCAUUGUGAUCUUAGUGCAUCUGGAUCAAGUUAAUAACCUGAAAGCUGUACUUGAAAUUUAUUUAGAAGUAUAUUAACAUAAUUCAGAGUUGUUGGAUGGAAAGCUAUUGUAUGGCAUGCUACAAUAGCAAAUUUAAUGGUGUUUUCAAAAUUGUCUGCUUUUAUGCUGCCUGCACAGCUUGUAGUUUCCUCCCCCCCUGAUCACCACCACUUCGCACUUCAUAUUCCAAUAAGCAUUGGUUGAUUAAUCUUAUAUCUAUGUGGCAGUCUCUUCCUCUAGGCUCUGGGGCAAACUGUACUUGCAAGCAGUGAUAACUGAUACUGUGAAAUAUGUACUGCAUUUCAUGUCUUGUUGUUGAACUUUUAAUCCUAAUCUUUUCAGUGCUGUUAGUGUUGUGUCUGUACUCUUUCUUUCCCUGAUAAAUAUUGAAACAAUUGGUGGUUAUCAAAGUAGUUGUAUUGAGAAAUAUUCCCCCUCCCCUUUCUGCAAGAGCAUUAAAAACUGCUCAUAAUGCUGAAUUUUCUGUAUUGUUUUGUAUCAAAGGUACUGUUGCCAAGUGUGUAGUAUGCAAAUUGUCUGUAUGGCGAUCUAUGAAUUAUCUAGAAAUCAGUUGUGACUUUUUUUUUUUUCCUUGUACUUAAAACUUUCAUAUUAGCAGUUCUAGAGCUUGUACAUAACCCCCUUGUUUUUCUUAAUGUUGGUAUUCCUUCAUUACUUCAGGGUAUCAAAUUUUAUUUUUAUUUGCAGACCCCAAAUACCCUAGCAGAACAAAUUGAGCCAGGUGAGCAUUUUUAACUGUGUGAUGUAUUCUAUUGGCCAUGAAAAUUCACGUGUUUGAAUUUGUUUUGUAAUUUUAAAGGGUAAGUCUAGUGUGGGGAAAAAAGACACAUUAUUUUUAUGCAUUAUAUGGGUAAAGUAUGGAAAAAUGUGCCAAGAAUCAAAAAUAAGUUGCAUAACUUUUUAGUGUUCCUCUGUGCACUGGUUACUGGGUAGAUUUUAAAAUUGUUGGAUCACUUCCACACCAGACUGAGACACUGGUCUUUGCUGGGCAAAUUUGUGAGUAUAUAAUAAUGCAUAUAACAUGCAACAAAAACUUUAAAAGAAGACUUGGCUUGUAACCGAAGGCCUGCAGUUAUGCUGCACUUGUUACUGUACUUUUAUUAUGGCUUCUGGGUAUUGCUUCAUAGUUGCCUUUUUUUGAAUUACUGUAACUGAAUUUAUUUCAUCAUAAAUUUGCUCUUGCAGACAUAACUGAACUUACUUAUGAGGCUCCUUUUUCGUCCUUUCAACCACUGACCGUUGCUUCUGACUCGAGUGAUUUUGUUUCAAAUCCAACCUCUAUUUCACCCAACGUCCACUCUGAUUCAAUGUCUUUCCCAUCUGCACUUGCCUCUAAUGGAGCUUCAUCUUCCUUUUCAAUGUCAUAUAUGCGUGAUGGAGAUAUAAUUGGUGAUGAGUUGGAUCACAUCCUUGAUUCUGUACCAGAUUCUAACAAUCUAAACCUGGUAAGAUUGAUGUGAUUGUGCAUUGGAGAAAUUUCCAAUAUAUUACAGAAUGUUUGUUUAUGCAAUCUAUAAAUAUAAUCUAUAUUCCCCUUCACAUGUAGAAAUAUAAUACAGGGUCAUAGACAAUAUAAAUGCAAUGUAACAAAGAAUCCUAAAAGUGCCUCAAGGCCCACGAUAGGCUUGGACAUCUUCAGUCGCAGACUUGCACCUUAAAAAAAAUUAAUAAAGGUAAAACAAUUUACUUGUUUGAAGACUUCCAUGUUUUGUUUACACUUUUGAGUGUAGGGGUAACUAUGAUAAAUAAAAUCGUCCUUAAAUUACAUUUUUUUUCCUAGUGUGAUAAAAGUAAAAUCUGUGUCAAGUUAUUUGCACCCAGGAAGAACACGUUACAUCUGUAGUCUACGUAUUCAUCCACCCUCUAUGCAAAUGUAGCUUCAUUACUUUAUUAUACUAUUUAUUCCAAAAUAUAAUAAUGGUAGGUUAAUUGAAGAUUAGGUAUUUAAUGCUGGAUGUUAAAGCAGAGCCCAUUGUAAUCUUAUGAAUGCAACUCAUUCUUUUUUCAGUCCAGUGGUUUAGUGCCAGCACCACUAUCCAGCUUUUCCAGUGACCUGCCUGAUCUAAUGCCGGGUUUUCACAGGUUUUCAUUAUCCGAUAUAUACUCCCAUUCUCUGACCUCAGCAUUUGACAGCUUUUCCCUUAAUUCCUUGUCUUCAGUGGACUCCCAAGGAGGUAAUGGCAUUCAUCCAGUCAGUAUGAUUUUUCAUGAUUUACAACUUAUUAAAAAGCUUGUUCUCACAUCCGUCCUUACAGUUGGACUCUAGACCAAGUAAUUUAAAAGAACCAUAUGACAAAAUUUUGGGCUUGACCAAUAUCUGCGAUUUGGUAAAUUGUGAUAUUUGCUUUGUGUUUUUAUCUAGGGCUUUGAGAAUUUGUAUUUUUUAUUUUAAGAAUAGUCAUGGUUACAUGUUAACAUGAUUUUCUGUCUUGAUUCACUUUGAAAUGCCUAUACGCUGUAUUAAAAUGUUGGCUUUUAAGGCAUAUUUGAUAUGAUGGGAAAGUUUCCAUAAACUCCCUUUUUAUGUUUUUAAAAAAAGGGGGAAAGAGGAAAGUCAUCCAUAGACACCCCCCCCCCCUCCCCCAGCGUUAGAAACAUUUACUUGCCUCUAAUGCAAUUUCAAGACCAUCUUCUCAACACAUCUCUCCUCUGUCCCAGGAGACAAUCACUAGUAAUAUUCUCUGGGCUAGUGCAGUGCUUCUCCUAAAGAAGCUUUGGAUACAGGGAACUUGUGCGACAAUCCCCACAAUCCACUUAGAUGAGCAUUUAAAUGUUUUUUCUAUGGGAAACAAAGACCACCCUCACAGCUGUCUGGUUAAUAGCAAUGUGCUGAUUUCUCACUUUACAUAUUCAGUGACUUUCAGUUUCCUAUUAUAAAAUGUAUUUCUGUUUUAAAUGCCUUUUUUUAGGUCACCUGAAUGGAGCAUUGAAUUCAUGUUUGAUUGACCCUUCUAGUUUUACAGUGAGUGAUUUUUUUUCAUUAUAAAAACAUAUAAAAUGUGUGAAAUUAAAGGGACACUAAGCACCAUAACCACUUUACUUCUUUUUUAUAAACCAUUGCUUAAAAAAAACAAAAACAAAAAAAACCUCCCUUCUGUUACUGAUUCCUGCAGUUGUAAUCCCCACCCCAAUGUACUGUCAUCACAUGUUCCCAUUAUCCAUAGUCAGUGUAGUUUGUGCUUUGUCCUCACGAACAAUCCAUUAUUGUAACUACUUGGCUGCUUGAAAAGAAAUUGCUGAAAACCUUGUGCUGUCGUUUUGUUUUAUAGUUUUAAAACGGAUGCUGGAAAUAAUGCAUUAAUUUCUGGAAUGUCACUUCACAGAAUGUUAUUAAAUCAGUAAGGUUCCUUCACAAACUGCUACCUAGAGAUUUGAUAUUACUCCUUGUUUUUCUUCCAGGUCACCUCAUCCUAUUUCUCUCUACCUGAAAGUCCACCCAGAGCUUCAGAGAACAUGAUGAAAACCUCUAUGCUAGAAGGCUUGGGCAAUGGAAUGUCAUCUGUUACAUACUUUAGCACUCACUCAGUCCACAAUCCACUAGAGGAUACACAUGAGUUCAGACAAGCUUGUCAGUUGUGCUUGUCCAAUGCAGGUGAGUUUAGAUUAAAGUAUGUAAUAACUAAAUAUUCUAAACAUUUACUGUUAAUAAUUUUAUUUUUGGUUUGUCCUACCUGCAGUCCACUUUAUUAGACUACUAGUUCUACAUGGAAACACUUCUGUAAGCAGGGCGCACCUUUUCCCUGAUGCUGACAUUUUACAGAAAUAAAGGAACAAUUAAUUCAGCAAAUGCAAGAUGUAUUCACCAAAGAAAUAUCACAGCAACUGCAUUGCUUGCACUGCAGUUGCUGUGACAGCAGGCGAACCACCAUAUGGAUGAUAAUUCUCCCCCUUAUUAAUGGAAGGCUAUUCAUUGGCAUUUUAAUAAACAAGAUCUCUUCAAUGCACUGCUUUUUUUCAGUAGACAUUAUAAAAUCCAGGAAAUCUUAUUUCAAGUGUGUUCUUUGUAUUUUAUGUCAAGAUUGUGUUCUGUUUUUAGGCUUAAAAUUUCAAUGUGUCAAUGUUAAUUUAAACUUGGAUCAUAAAUGCAAAAAGGACAUUUUUAUUGGAAGAAUAAAAAACUCUAUGGACAGUUCAUGGAAAAGAAUAAGACCAAGACCAACAAAGAAUCAAUAUGUGGGACCCUUCUAUAUAUGUAAAGGUACAGUCAUUUUAAAUUACUCCAUUUGAAUUCCCACUACAUUUCUUGCCUUCGUAUAACUUUCCACCAACAUAUUAACUUGGCUCAACAAACUAUUAAUGAUGUGGGAGGUUGACUCCUCAUCCUGUCUAUUUGAGUUGAUAAAACAAAGCUGUUAUAAAAUUGUAGCAAAACCAUAUUUUUAAGUUUGAAAACUGUUUUAUGCAGCUUUCCAAACUAGUGUAAAAACUGGAAAAAAUAUAUAAACAUAUGUUUCCAGUGCGAUUUUAAAAUGCCAUUUACUUUGCCCUCGUUUGCUUUCUCAAAUUGUCGUAGAAUGAACCUUCGUUUUUCAUUUCCCCCUUGUGAUUUUUAGAUGUUGCUCAAGGAGGUGAAUGCACAUACCCAGGACACUGCACAUUUGCCUACUCGCAAGAAGAAAUUGAUGUGUGGACGCUUGAGAGAAAGGGGACGUUUUGCAGAGAAACACUUUUUGGAGGAGAUGGCAAAGUCCGCCUUACAAUCCCAUACUUACUGCAGGAAUACCCUGGAAAUUUUAUGUUUCUCUGUGAGGUAGUUAAAUAGAAAUGUCGCAAGUUUGCUUUUGAACCGUUCAAGUGUCGUUUUUCUAAAUCAAAGUUUAAUUUUUGUGCAUUUAGUGUAGCACAAAUUAUUUUAUAUAAUGCUUCCCUAAAGGGUGCAGCCAGGGCAUUAAUUUUAAUGGAAAACUUGGCUAAGUUUCCUACACUUAUCAUACAACUUGAUAAAAGUCAAGGUGACCUGUAAGGUUUUAUAGUUCGGAAGGCAUGCAUACAUACUUAUCCUUUUUCAUAUGGUGAUUCACGCAACUGUUAAAUAGAGAAACCUUUCCGAUUUUGCACCUAUGCUGUCUUUAUGAAGAUAAGUGUAUACAUGUGCUUUGUAACUCCUUUGUUCUAGUAAACCACAACAAUAUAAACGCAUAUAUGGAUGUUUCCACUACUUUUAAAUCUAAUCUGAUCUUUUUAAUGUUUGGUUUGGUUCCAUUCCUCUUGAAUGACAAUCCCCUUUAAAGUUUAGACUCUUAGGAGUUAUUUUAUGCAGCAGCCAAAGGGUUAUACUUCCCUAAAUCACUGCAUGCAUUUCGAUGUAUGAACCAGACUGUCUCUCUAACAAAUUAUUCGAAGGUAGGUUUUUAAAACCAGAUCAACCGUUUUGAGAAAGUAAUGUCCUACAAAUGCAGAGGCUUGGGGCAAUGGAAAACAGAAUGUGAAAACUGACAAACCUGUAGAACCAAUUGCAUCUUUUCCUUAAACCACAAUUGAUAGUAUAGUAAAUGUGAACUUAAUAAAUCUUGGUUUUUGCAUUUUAUUUUAAUUUGGUAAUGUUCUCUUGUAUUCCAGAAAUGUUUUGAGCACAAACCCAGAAUUAUUAGCAAAGAAAACAAAGAUUCACCACAGUAUUGUUCUCAUCCUGCUUUAAGACAUGAUUUCAAUGAUAACAAGUAAGUAUUAACCAAAUAAAUUCCUUAGUCCAAUCUUGGAGUGAAAAAAGGACUCCUCCAAUAUCAGUGUAGUAAAAUGGUGCAAAUUCCUCAAUGUAGCUAAAGUGAUUAACUGGGGGGGGGGGAAUCUGAGGCUGAAGCAUUUCAAAACUAUAGUGUUAAAAUGAAAUAUUAUAUGGUUGCACCAUGACUACAGAGUUUUGAAGUGGUCAUGGUGCCUGGACUUCGUGUGUGCAGCAUUUCCCUAUGGCUGCACAUGGAGUUAUACCCUGUCAAAGGGGUUAGAUAAAAAAAGUUAAAACCAAUAUCAUACACCAGCCAGUGGUUAUUAAAUUGUAUACUUCUUAAGAGUAUUGGAUAUCCAACUGUGAUGUGUUCAGCGAGAAUCUAUAAAAUGCAGAGAAACAUAGUGCAGUGUGUAUAUUAAACACAGUGACAGUAUGGGUAACACUCAGGCUCUAUAUUAACAGCUUCAGGGUACCAAUUCUGGCUUAAGGUUGUUAACAGCGACUUGAUGCUUCAUGAGGUAUUUAUUUGAUAUUAAUGUUUUUAAAUAUUUAAAAUAUUAACGCUCUUCGACUGAAAAUUAGUUCAUAUAUAAUUUUAAUAUAAACGCUAUGCAGAGUUAGAUUUAUUGCUGGAGAAUGAUCAGAUGAUGCUCAUUACCAGGAAACGUGGCAAGGGUACUAUAAGUAUGUAGUACUUAUGCUGUUUGGAGUAAUUCUUUAAAAAGUGAAAAUGUCACUAAGGAUGUUGUGGACUUGCUUUAAACAUCCUCCUUUUUAUUGAAAAGGGAACUCAAAAGUAUUUUUGUCUUCACAAAUCAUAGUUAAUAUUUUUUUAUUUUUUUGUGUAAAAAAAAAUAAAUAUAUAUAUAUUAAAAGUAUAAAGUAUUGUGCAGAUCUGUCUCUCUAAUUUCAUUGUAGGUGCCUUGUUCACAUCUUCAAGGAUACUGCUGUAAAAUAUUUCAAGAUCCGUCCAUAUAAUAGUAAUUUGUUGUUCGACUUGUGUCGUCAUGAAGUUCGCUAUGGAUGUAUGAGAGAAGAUGAGUGUUUUUAUGCGCACAGUUUAGUGGAACUCCGGGUCUGGGUGAUGCAAAAAGAAACCGGUGCUUAUCCAUUUUUUUUUUUUUUUUUUCUCUAACCUCUAUACUAUUUCUCUAAAAUGGUUUGUUUAAGCUAUAUUCAAUUAGAUUUUGUGACACCUGUUGUAGCCCCUUGUUCCUUCAAAAGUAUAUAAAAUGGCUAAGAUACAAGGAGUGGGCUGUAAACCCUGAAAUUUUCUCUAACAUAAUCAUUAUAGGAGCCUAGAAAUAUCACCUUUAUGAUAAACGUCCUCUCAAAAAACUGGACAGUGUUCAAUGACCAUUUUGAAAAAAAAUAUUUAAUAACCUUUGAACUUGGUCUUUGAUAUUGGUUUCAUGAGCUAAAAUAAAGAUUAAGGCAAUGCCAUUUACAGUUUGCACGGCUUGAUUAUUUUUUUUUUUUAAUUUUUUUUUUAGUUUAGUCUAGUUUCUUUUUUAUGCAUUAAGUGUUCCCAUACAUACUAUGUUGUCAGGGGUGGAGGGGUGAGAUUUAUUUGUUUUUUCCCCUUUCUGCUACCCUAUAAAAGAAUUAGCCUGCAUGCCACAAUACACACAGUAUCUGCUGUAUGUUCACCACAACGCGAAUAAGGCAGCACAGAUGGCUGCAUUAGGACACUCCAGCUGGGGGCGCAGUGUCAGAGGAUAAUCUAGUGCCCCAUUAAAAUCGCCAGUAUAUUAAAUUAAAAAUCUUAUUUGGUGGUCAGAUGGUGGAGCACAUGAUCUGCACUUCUACCUGGUGCAGACCAAAUUAAUUUAUCUUAUUCCCUCGUCUACUCCCACCAAUAUCGACCCCCAUACAAACCUAUUAUAUGAAUGAAGGCAUCAUGUGUCCACAUAUCAUGUAAAAUACUAAACUUUUAUUUUCUUUCCUUCUACUCUGAAAAGCAAAGUGCUCAUGGCAUGAAAUGUUAAAACAUUAUUUGUCUUGCAGGUAUAUCCCUUAAUGCUAUUGUGCAGGAAUCUACAAAAUACUCUGGUGUUCCGUCUAGUGUCAGUAGACAGCAGGUAUUUGUAUUUUUAAGCUUAUUUUUAAAAUCCUAGCUUGCCAAGUAAUUUAAGAUGAUGCAGUGUAUAUUCAUGUAUAGGUAGAUUUUUAUUUAAUACUAAGUGAAACUUUUUAUUUCAAGCUACUCAAUACUCCAAAUCCUGGGUAUCCAAUUGCCAAAAUAAAGUUUGUUUGUGGACAAUGCUGGAGAAAUGGUCAAGUGAUGGAGGCAGAUAAAAACAGAAAAUAUUGUAGUGCAAAAGCAAGGCAUCCGUGAGUAACCUUUUAUGAAACAAUCUUGUAAAUUCAGUGAAAUUUGAGUUAUGUAUUUCCCGCCACCCCCGCUUUGCAUUUCUUUCCUUGUAAAGGUGGACCAAAGAUCGUCAAGUAGUCUUGGUUAUGUCCAAUGAACGAAAAAAGUGGAUGACUAUUAGACCCUUUCCAACUAAGAAACCUGUUCCACUACAAUUUGAGGUAAAAGUUUUUUUUUUGUUUUUUUUUUUUUUGUUUUUUUUUGUUUGUUUUUUAUAUAGGUGGGGCGGGGGUACAGGUUAGAGCUCACUAGAUUUGUUUUGUUUCCUUUAUAGUUGUGCAAUCAUAUAGUGACUGGUAAAAAAUGUCAGUUUGUGGGAAAUUGCUCCUUUGCCCACUGCCCAGAGGAGAAGGAUAUCUGGACUUAUAUGAAAGAACAUGGCAGUAAGUCGUUCCAUUUGUUUUUAGUUUUUGUCUUUGGCGAAAAAAUUAACAAGCACUCCAUUUCGUCGGCAAGUUUAUGCCUUUUAUUUCCGUUCCUGACAUUCUCAAUGUAGCGAAGUUGCCGCACUAAGAACCUCCAGAGAAGUGAACAGACUGACCAUCUGUAUUUAUCUCCUUUGGAUGGAGCUGCAGUAGCUGAUGGGGAGUGGGGAAAGUCAGAAGUUCAAUAUCCCCUGCCUCUGUCUUCAAUGUGGCACAGAGGGGGAUGCAAUAUGACCUCCCAGCAGGAAAGCAGCCAGCACACACGCAUAGCCAUCCUAAUACAGAGCAAAUGGAGAGUGGCUGAAGUGCCUACAUAGAGAAGCAGAGCUGCUGUGCUAGAAGUCAGCCACCCUCCGGUACGCGGAAGGGGGCUGAGGAGAAACUAUAUUCCACUCUCCCUCCCAGUCAGAUGGGCCGAUUUUAGUAAUCAGUCAGCCAACCUCCAAUUCCCUUGUCUGGGAGGGGGGCUGGCUUCUAUCACUGAAAUCUUCCCAGAGAAGAGCAGUGAAAAGCAAUCCUCAGGGGAAUAGCCGCACUUAACACUUACUAUAUAUGUCUGUCAGACCGUAUAUUUUGCUGACCAUAUAUUUUGGGGUCUAAGUGUGUGGAUAUGUCUCUGACAAUUUAUAUAAGUGUGUGUCUGUGUUGCACUGAAUAUUGAGGUUUGUCUUUCUGGCAGCUGCAUCAGCAAGUAUCUGGAAUCUGUUAUUGCUGAUGCAACUGCCAGAAAGACAAACCUCAAUAUUCAGUGCAACGCAGACACACAGAUAUAAAUUUUCAGACACCGACAUAUAUACACACACUUAGACACCAAAAUAUACGGUCUGACAGACUCUCAUAUAUUGCUUUUUUGGGACACACUGCUAAAGUGUGUCUCUUUAAAUUUACACUAUAGUCACCUAUAAUGUAGUUGUUCUGGUGAUAAUAAUCCUUCCCUGUAGGCCUUUUCAUGCUAACACUGCACUCCUUAUAUGGCUAAUGGAGGUGCCUCCUAGGGCACUGCUGCUGUUCAGUGUCUCUACGCUCUGCUUGGAAAUACUGAAUUUUCCUCAGAUUAAUUGAUUCAAUGCAUUCCUAUGAAGAGAUGCUGGUUUGCCAAGCCAGCAUUUGGACCCACCACUGUCCUGCCUCCUUGCUGAUUUCAGCCAAUCAAAUGAUUUCCCUAUGGGAAAGCAUUGGAUUGGCUAAAAAUCAUAAAUUCUGAUGUCAGCCAGGAGGGGGAUCGCAGGUGGGGACAGUCUUGUCUUGUUUUUUCUUCAGGGGCUAACAGGGAACAAACAACCCAAAUGGGUGUAACACUAUAUGGUGUUCCUGACCCUAUUGUCUUUAAGACCUCAUGGGCACACUUUUCAGGGUGAUCAGGAAGAAAUAACAGCGAUUUCCCCCUUCUACUGUGGCCGCACGGACCUCAGUAGAGUAUCUUCUGUAUCCUUUAUCUAGUCUAACUGGAAGCACCUAACUAAUACUGUCAGACUGGGUAGAGGAUACAGAAAAUCUACAGUGGUCCACGUUGCCAUGCUACAAGGUGGACCAAAGGAAGAGAUCAGUCUCCUCUCUUCAACUCAACUUUUAAUUGGUAGGUCAGUUAUUAAAAUCUUAUUCUAAAGGUGUGGCUUUUUUUUUUUUUUUUGCAAACUAUAACCAGUCCAGUGACAUUGCCUCUUUUAUAUACAAGAACCAAGCAGUACAUGUGAAUUGACACCAAAGAUUGCAUUAAAUGUUAACAAUGAAUGAGAUCAGUAAAGUGUUGUAUGGUCUGGAAACCUUGGAAAGUUUAGCAUUCCUCAGAUAAGCUGUUUGUGUCUUGUCUUUAUCUGCAAGGCUUUUUUUUUUUUUUUUUAAAGUGACUGUUUCUGUAGACUUUUUAAUAUGGAUCUUGUAUUCUGUUAUUCCCAUAACGAUGGUAAGUCAGUCUUGGAUAAUGCUAUUCAAGAUUUGUGUUUUUAAUAUACUUAGUCCUAUAUCAUUGUACAUUUUCUGAUUUGAACCAAGCUUUGAUUAUUUUUAAUUUAAUGACCGAAGCAAGUUUUGUUUGUGUUCAGCCACAAUUUCUAUAUUUCUCAUUUAUUGCACCAACACAAACAGGGUUUUUUGUUUGUUUUUGUUUAAAGGAGGCAUACUGAAGAGAGCUAUGUAGCUGUGAGGCUUAGUAGGCCAGUUACAUAGGCUGAAAAAAGACUUGUAUACAUAAACUUCAGCCUUUAUAACAUUUUAAUUCUGCUGUUGAUCCAAAAGAAGGCAAAAACCCAGUUUGAAGUGCUUUCCAAUUUUGCAAUACCAGGGGAAAAAAUAAUUCUCAACCUCAGAAUUGCAGUCUAUCUCUCAAGAAGCUGUUAACCCAUAUCUUACUUGCAUCCCUGAAUAUUAUGCUUUUGCAUGAAUUAAUCCAGUUGUGGUUUAAACAUCUGUAUAGACUUUUAUAUAAACUCCUCUUCAGGCUGCAAAUUCAAUCAUUCUUACUGUUAAGAACCCUUUUUUCUUUGCCUUAUGCUAAAUCUAAUUUCUUGCAGUAUAAAUCGGUGAGCUAGUGUUCUGUGUAUAUUCCUAUUUAUGAAUAAAUCUACAGGAUAGGAUUGGUUUUGGCCCUGAACACAUUUAUAUAAUGUUAUUACCACUCUGAGGCAAAAUUUAAAGAUUUACGUUUGUUAGCCUUCCUUUAUAAGCGGCACUGUCAUGCCGAACUUACCUUUCUUCAAUCUCUUCCUCUUCUCCCCCUCUCUCAGGAUCUGUUCUUCUUUUCUUCCGGUCUUCUUUAGUUUUCUUUAAAAUCAUAAGACAAAGUAGGGACUCUUUGCCUUAUGGAGGUUUCCUCCGAUUGACCAGCGGAGGAGCAAAGUGUGCUUCAUUAAUGCUGGUCAGAGCAAUUUUCCCAUGAUCCUUAACUUUCCUCCCUGUUCCCACGAUGCUUCCUGUCAGUAUUGCCAAACAUCCUGUCACUUAGACAGAACGUGACAAGAAUUACAUCCUUACAGAAUGAGAACAGUUUCUCCAUUCGUGUUCGGACGCAAUUCGGGACUUUGUUCGGAUCGCAAUUUCAUUCAAACGAAUGAAACUCUGAUCCUAUUUGUGCUGUGGCUGCAUCUUGCAGCCGCUUAGUAGAUAAAUCCCUAAUUCCCACGUUAUUAGGGAGUUAUCUACUGAAAGACCUAAAUUGGUCUUUCAGCCAACUUUACUAAUAAUAAGUAAAGAUUACUUGGUAUUAGUAAAUUCUGCCCCUACUCGCUAUACUGUGAUUAGGGGCAUGUCUAUUAAACAGUGAGCAGCCUGUGGCUGCUCACUGUUAUAAAAAAACCAAAAAAAAAACCCUACUAACUGAUAACAAUUGGGGGGGGGGGCACCUAUUGUCCUCCCCCACCCAUGGGUGACAGGUGGGGGCCCUAAAUGACAAUGAGGAGGAAGGCCUACUGUCCUUCCUCCCCCCCACCCCUGAGCGGUGGGUGGGGGCCCCACUAAAAACCACAGGCUGGCUCACUCUUUAGUGGACAUGCCCCUAGUCGCGGUAUAGUGAGUAGGGGCAUUGGGGAGAUUUUAAUCUCCCUCAUACUAUUAUGGGGCUCAUAUUGACCCCCAUAGAGUGAGGGGAGGACCUGGGGGGCUUAUGAAGUGGCGGGGAGCACUGCUCCCUACCGCUUCUAUGUUUAAAUAUUACAAGGAGGGAGCUGCGUGCCGGUAGCUCCCUCCUUGUAAUAAACUGAACGAACAAACGAACACUGAUUCAGUGUGUUAGUCUGACAUUUCUAUUCAUUCAUUCGGCUUUCUAAUGAAUGAAUAGAUGAAAUUCCAGUUUGUAUAUCCAAGUGUUUAGCUGGGCAUGUGCAGAAUUCUCAGUCUGUCUACCCACACAAAGAUGGCGGCGCCCUGAAUAUAGAUCGGAGCAGAAAAUAUUAAAUAGGUAAUAUGGGGGGCUUAGGGGCAUUUGGGGGUGACUAGGGGGUCAGUUAGAGAUAGUGGAGGGGGUUUAAAAAAAAAACUGGAUUCGGCAAUGACAGUGCAGCUUUAAUCUAAUUUUGUAGCCCGUCUCGGCACUUUCUAUUGCCAGAAUAUCAGCGUUUAGAACAGGUGGCCAAAAUUGGACAGCAUACUCUUGCUUAAAUUUCUAUUUUCACCAUGAGAAUUAUUGGCCCUUUUUGUUCUUUAUUGGCCUAGCAACUGCUGAUUGACAUUGGACUAGUUUAACAUUGCCUAGAUUAUAUAUUUAUAAAAUUCGCUCCAGAUGUGAAAUAUACACCUUGGCUUAUUCAAAGCUCUAGUGUAGCUGCCACUGGACUAAUGGAGAGCUACUAUAUAAUAGCACAUUCUAAAAGGCCAAACAGAUCAUUAAUAAAUGGAUGUUCCAUUUGACCCACCUGUAAAAGUAAUAUUACACUUUCUGUUAUUUUAGCUGUUUAAUACCAUCUUUUAAUUAUAGUCUGAAUACAUGUGACUGCAGAAGAGAAGUAUAGCACACUUGAGGGAUCUUACUAGUGUCCACUCAAUGCCCUCUGUACUGGUAAUGUGGUUCUUUCAGGUUAAACGGUCCCCCUUGUUGGUGGCAGCAAAAACUGUACAACAUUUUGCAACAGGCAUGCAAAUCUAAAUUCAUGACAGAGGCAGAUCUAGUUUUUUAUUUUAUUUAUUUGGGGUGCCUUAUUUGACUGGAGGUCAAAACCUAGUUUGAUAAGUGUUCAAAACUUGCCCCAUUACAGUCUAUAAUGAAUGCGGUGGCGAGGCUCAUCUUCCUGUCCGCCUGCACCUUCCACACCUCCCCCUUUGUCAGUCCCUACAUUGGCUUUCCGUUUGAUAUGGGACUCCCAUCCUGAUAUUUGCUUACAAAUCUCUACACAAUGCUGCUGCGACCUACUUAUCCUCACUAAUACACAAAUGUCCCAUCUAGGCCCCUACGCUCUGCCGGAGACCUACAUCUAACCAGUUAGUACUCCUACCUCUGCUCACCUUAAAGACUUCUCUAGGACUGCACUAUUCCUAUGGAAUGCCCUUCCCCCCCUUUCUUAGAAUUUUACCCAAUCUCCAAUCCUUCAAAAAAAACCUUUGAAAACGUACGUUGGGAAACAAUGUCAAUUAAACUGUAAACAGCUUUCACUCCCUGCACCCUGAAUCAUCUACUGAAACUCAUCAAAACAAAUCACCUCAAUCAACCUUAUCCUAGCAACCCACUUUUCUACCCUACCCUUACCUUUUGUGUCACAAUACACCACUCCCUCUAGCAUGUAAGUUCCUUGAGCAGGGCCCUCAGCCCCUCUGUUCCUGUGCAUCCAGCUUGUCUGGUUACAAAUACGUGUCUGUUAGUACACACAUUGUACAGCGUUACAGAACUUGUUGGCGCUUUAUAAAUAAUAAAGUAUUAAUGUCUGAUUUGAUUCUUAUCAGUUCAGGACAUGGAACAGUUGUAUGAAAACCUGACAAAGAGCAAGAGGUCUGGAAAAGAGGUCACUACCCAAACGACAAAGCAAAUUGUUCUUCCCACUGAUUAUGCAGAAACUACAGUAAGUAGCCAUGUCAGAAUGGUGUCCAUAUGGCUUGACAAACAUACAUGUUUUUUGAAUGGGACCACAGCUUUUUAGUGGUUCCCCUGUCCAAGGCUUAAUAUUUAGAGAAUCUGAGCAGCAUAAGGACAGGGGGGCAAGCGAUCAGGCACUGGAUACUGAACUUUGGAGUUAAACCAUUUCAGAAUGGUUUAACCCAGUGGUUCCAAAACCUGUCCUCAAGGCACUCCAACCAGUCCAGGAUUUGGGGAUUACCCGGUUGUGUGUAAGGUGUCUUUAGAAAAAAAAAAAAACACCUUGGACACAACUGGGUAAUCCCUAAAUCCUAGACUGGUUGGGGUGCCUUGAGGACUGGUUUUCGAACCCCUAAAGAAUAGGAAGUGCCAGGGAUCUCCUGGCACCAUAGCAAGUGUUCCCAGUAGUUGAUAUAAUGUGCUUUAAUACUUCCAUAUGUGUAUGGUACAUAUAUCUAAUCGUUGUACACUUUCUGUUUGUUUAGGUUGAUUUUCAUUGCUGGCUCUGUGGCAAGAAUUGCAAUAGUGAACGCCAAUGGAAGAUGCAUAUUUCUUCAGAAAGGCAUAAGGAGAAAGUAUUUCACUCAGAGGAUGAUCAAAGCAUCUGGCAGCACCGCUUCCCUACAGGAUGUUUUAGCAUAUGUGAAAAGUAGGUAUUUUCCUGCAAACAUUUUGCAAAGUAUUUAGAUGCAGUAACAGAUAUUGAUGGACUACCAUUUUCUAUUCAUUUCAAUCUCAUCUGUUAACCUUAAAGGAGUUCCAUCACUGACACACUUUCCUUCUUCCCCCUUGGUUAUUCUUACCAGUUUCCCUUUAUCCCUUUUGUUUCCUCAUCUUUCCAAGGAGGUGAUGACCUCAGACCUUGUGUCUAGUGUGAGCCGAGCUGGGCUAGUAUUUUUUAUUUUAUUUAUAAAAUAUUUUACCAGGAAGGAUACAUUCUAGAUUUCUCUCAUUUUCAAGCAUGUCCUGGGUCCACAAAACAUUGCAUUGGUACAAUAAAAUACAAAAAACUAUUAAUACGCAAGAUAUCAUUUUUUUUAACAUAGAACAGGUAAGAAACAUAUAUAAUUAACGAUUACAGGUGCAUUCUGUUUUGAGCUAUGUAGAGCUGGAUCUCUCAAAUCUUCCCCAAACCUAAAAUCCUUUAAGUGUGCGGGGGUCGUUCCAUAAUCGCGGCUGCUUUCUUUUUGUAUUGAGGUAGACUAAAGAGCUGGUACUGGAUCGGAGGUUAUAGGAGAUGGGAACAGCCGGGGAGAGCAUUCUGCUCAGGAUGGGUGGGAGCUUCCCAGAAAAGCUCUUGAACACAAGGCUGGAAAGCUGAAGGGUGCGUCUAGAUUCCAGCGACAGCCUGUUUAGUUCCUUUAGCAUAUCACAAUGGUGGGUCAUAUAAUUGUACUGUAGCACAGUGUCAGAACGAGUUAUACAAUGUAUUAAGCUUAUUUAGGUGAGUUUGUGGUGCAGGUGCAUAUACUACAUCCCCCAUAAUCCACGUAUCCAAGUAUUUGAAAGAGUGGACUGCAGUCAGUGUGCUAUUUGAUUUUGUUUUGAUUCGUAUUUGCAGACAUUAGGCAGAUCAUUUAUAAAUGUGAAUAGUAGGGGGCCAAGAAUGGAAUCUUGGGGAACACCACACGUGACUGGCAAAGCGAGGGAGUUGCUGUCCGAAAUGGACACCUAUUGUGAUUGAUCGAUGCAUAUGAUCAAAACUAGGUUAGCGGACGAUCACCAUUACCGGAGUUUUGUGGUUAUUUUUUUUUUUUUUUUGUGCAGUAGUUUGUCAAAGGCCUUUGCAAAAUAAAGGAAAAUGGCUCCGGUUAGGUCUCCUUGUUCCAUGCCAGUUUGGCUGUCAUUGCAAACUUUUAAGAGGGCAAUUGUAGUUGUGAUUCAGGUGAAAGUCUGAUCAGGGGUCAGUUUAAUUGUUGGUAAUACUCACAUGGUUGCGCAUGGACAACUUUUCGAAUAUUUUUGACAAUACUGGGAGCAAUAUGUGGCGAUAGAAACCAAAGUAAUGUCACCACUUUUAUGGAUAGGCACUACUCUUGCAGUCUUCCAAAGUAUGGGUAUGUAUCCAGAAACUAAGGAUUCAUUAAUUAGGGUUGCAAUAGGUUUAGGAAUUGUCGGCGCACUGAGGUUUAACAGCAUUGCUGGGGCUUGAUCAGGUCCAGACUGGUUUUUCAUUUAGAUUAAGGUGUUUCCUAAUGACAUUAAUAGGUACAGGUCUAAAAGUGAACAUCUGUAUAUUGGGUUUUUGCAAGCUCAGUGGGGCUUGAUCCAUAUUUGUAGUUUCAGGAUGUCAUGUAUUGGCUUGGCAAUUAGGGUGGUGGAGCAUCCAACAAAAUUGUUAAAGGCAUUUGCUACAUGUAAGGGGAGUUGCAGGGCUGGGUUGUCCACUUUAACAGUGGAGGGUUGGGAGUGGAUUGGGGCAGUUUGUAGGUGAUUUAUGAUUUCCCAAACGUUUCUAGGGUUUGAGGUUAUUCAUAUUUUUACUGAAAUAUUGGUUCUUUGCCAACUUUGUUUUGUGCAAUUUUGUUUUGUAUUAAGUCAAGCAUGACCUGCUGGAUAGUUUUUUCUUGUCUUUCAUAGACUAUACAAUGGUUAGAUAUCCUUUGGCAUUCCAGAUGUUGUGGUCUAGAUCUCCUGCAAGAGCAUUAUGGCCCUCCAUAACAUCAGGAGUGCUGACGUUGCCUAUCCCUGGACUAAACUAAGGGGGUCUUAACAGCAAAUAGCAGGCUAGAUCUUCCUAGUUAUGUUCAGGCAAAAGCUAGAUGGAGUCCUGCACUCAAAACUAGAGAACAUGCUCAGCAUCUGAAAUUCUAAUAAACAGUGUGUUGCUCCCAUCUUUGAUUAGCUCAGGCAAAAUACCAGCAAAGAACUGACAACUCACUGAAGGUGGGUCUGAAAAUAAAGUAAAUGUUAAAUAGCUAAUUAAGCCUUGGACUGAUCAAGAAGUAAUGGCUCUUAUUCCACGUCACCAAACUGAGUGUGACAAAUGGGUCUGCCUGUCAGCACUACUGGGUACUUUCUGACAUUACCUAGUUAUUGCAGGUUGAUUACUUUGUCCUUCUGGGUCAAAGGCUAAACUCCCUUUGCUAUAAUCAGGGUGAAGUUGGGAGUUAUCAAGACCAUUUAUUCAGUUUUUGAAAAGAGAAAAUUACAAUUAACACUUUCGGCAGAGGUAUCAACACCAUAUGUGGCAUAGUAAGUUAGGUUGAAUAAAGUUCAACCUUCUUGAAACCCAUUCUUUUAAGCCGUUGAUCCAAAAGAAGACAUAAAACCCAACUAUAGCAAUUUGCCAUUAUGCCACAAAACAAGACCUCUAAUUGCAAUUAUGCAGUCAAUAAAUAUUUCCCAACUUGCCCUCCCCUCCCAUUCAUAAUGGAUAACCUCUUGUCUGUUUUAUAUUCCUGCUAAUGAACAGGUUGGCACAUAGCGGUUUGUAUUGACAAUAUAUAUUUGCCAAACACAGAUGUUGAGCUCACAAGUCUAUACUUCCUCUUUUGCAACUGUCACUAGUCUAAUACUAUCCUUACCUUUUUGUCACUUUACCCCACUCCCUCUAGCAUGUAAGCUCAUUGAGCAGGGCCAUCAAUCCCUCUGUUCCUGUGUAUCCAACUUGUCUGUUUACUACUACGUCUGUUCGUCCACCCAUUGUAAAGUGCUGCAGAAUUUGAUGGCACUAUAUAAAAACAUAAUAUACUGUAACCGAGUAAACUUGCAGAAGCCAGACACAGAGAUGGAUGCAGGUCUUCAGGAAGUAAAAGGUCUUUAUUAACAUACCGAUUGGGUCUCAGAUGAACUAACGUUCCAAAACAGGUCUGAGGGCCGAACACAUGGAGUACAUGCUUUUUAUAGAACUAUAGCUCCACCCGCACAUACCCUUAACCAAUCGGUGGACAGGAUCUGGAUUUCCUUAUAUGGGCAGACCACAUGGCUCAUCCGAAACAAAGGAGAAAGGAAUGUGAUUUCAGUUCCUGCAUUCCUGCACAUACUCAGUAGAUUGAUGACCGUAUCUUAGCUACAUGUAACUGAUACAACAUACACGUAUACUUAUGCCAUGUGGAAAUCUCUGCCUACUAAAUUUACAUUUCACCGAAAUUCCAUCACAAUACUUUCCUGGUUGAACUUGUACACGUUUAUAUUUGGAAAAAAAGUAGGAAACUUAUUUUUUUCCUUUUCAAUCCUCUAUUUUCACUUUUCAGGGAUCAUACCAAUGGUAUGGAUAUUUCUACAAUAGUCUCCCUAAGUAACUAAGCCAUUUUGAAGCCCCUCUUGGAAUGCUUACAUUUUUAAUGUUAUUGAUCAUUCUGACUUAAAUGUUUUGAUGCCCUUUAUUGUUACUUGACUGGCCUCUUUAAUAAGCCACACUGGUUUAAAUGUGCUAAUUCUAGAAUUGUUUCCAAAUCUUAUGUAAUAUUGCAGAAGUGAUGCUAUUGGUAGGUGGCAAAGAUGACUUGACGUGCUAAAAAUAUUUGAAUUCACAAACAAUUGUAUAACAAAACUUAUCUACUUAAAUCUUUUACUUUAGGUUCCUAUCUGGUACAUGUUCUGAUGGAGAAAAAUGCAAAUAUGCCCAUGGAAAUGCAGAACUUUUGGAAUGGAAUGAAAGAAGAAAAGUUCUACGCCAGAAACUAUUCAAAGUUCGCAAAGAUCAGCUGAUUAAUCCAGAUGAUAAUGACUUUGGAAAAUAUAGUUUUUUGAUUAAUGAUUUAAAUUAAGCUCAAGGAUAAAAGAUUGAAUAGAACCAAAGCGCUCCCAACAAUGUCAGAACAGUAAUCUUUGAUGAAAAGCAUUAUGUAAGGCAGUAUAAAGUGUAUGAGUUUGUAACUUGCUGUAAGAAGAGCAAGAACAAGGCAGUGCAACUCUUCGGUGUGUUACUGGUAUGGUUACCAGCAAAGAGAACAGAGCAAUAUUUUAAUGUGCCAUCUCAAAUGGGUAUUUUAGAGGUAGUCAGUUUUAUUGUGUUGAAUUAACAAAACUGCUGUAAUUCAAAGACUUAAACCGCAUUUCCUUGAAUGAAAGCACUUUUGUUUUAAAAGAUUAUCCCCAAUCAGGCAGUUGACAAAAUCAAAACCCAGAAAGACCAUUUAUAUAGCGGUAUUGGUAGCACAGAUUUCUAAAGCUUUUUUUUUUUUGCAUAUAUCGCAAAUUGUAUUGAGUAUGCUAAAUAUUUUUACUUUUUUCAUAUAUACUUGAUUUUUAUUUUAUAUUUUCCCUUCAGUUUACACAAGUAUGAUAGAAUCGUUAAAUGGCAACCCUUUUAUUUCGAUCAUGAGUGAAGGGAAACCGUACAAAUAGUAUUUACUCUUUAGGAUUACUAUACUUAAUGGUUUUGUUUAAUCACCUAUAAGCUUUCACUUGUAUCCAAAGCAAGGUAAAUCACACAAAUAUUGGUCACUCUGCUUUUGGAUUACUACUCUAGUAUUCUCUAACCAUUGCAAAAUUAGAUGUUAAUUGUCAUGGGGACUUAAAACUGAGGGAUCCAUUUCACUAAAUGAUACAAAAUAUUAAGCUUUUAAAACAUGCAAAAUGAAAACCCUUCCAGUAUUUUGUGCAAAGUUUCUGUGAUGCAGUUGAUGAAAGGACAUCUGUAACUUAGAAGAGAACUUGAAGUGUGCUGUAAUGGUUGUGGUGCCAUGAGUUCCCGGCUUCCUUUCCCUCUAUAAGGAAUUGGUUUACUAAUCGUUGGGCAGUUUACCUUGCUUCUGUGUGGUUCUGGUCACUUCCUCCAUUGAGAUCUGGAUAUUCUGCCUGGCUUUCAUGAGCCAUGCCAAACCUGCUCACUAGCUGAGAGUGUCACCCAAGACUGGCUCUGUUAGUGCAGGGUUUAGCUCCAUUAAAAGCUCCAGCUCUCAUGAAAGAGGUGACCGCACCCAGCUGACUCUGGUGCAGGAUGGCAAAUGGUUUGACUACAUACAGUUGGGGAGUGCCAGGCACCAUAACCACUACAUCACUUUGUGGUUAUGGUGCUUGCUGUGUUUAAGAUUGAGUGAUCCACUUAAGUUUGUUCUGCAUGUAAAACACAAUAUACUGAGGAUUUUAAUGUUGUAUGGGUAACUUCUGAGAUAUGCAGUUUGAUAUAAGAAAAAAGUAAUCACAGAAAAUGAUGUGGAAUCUUGUUCAGCGUGUAAAUCUGUAAAAUAUACUGAAAGAAUUCUCAUUUGGUACAUAUUUUGCAAAGACCCCCUAAGUUUAUAUUAUCGCUUUGCUUUUACCCCCAGGAAAGAUCAUGUGAUAAUGUCAAGGUCUCUCUCACUGAGGCUGCUGUCUCAGUCCAUGGUAACUCUAAAUUGCAUGCACAAAAGUAAAACCGAGAGAUCUAUGGAUGGUGACACAGGACUACAGGAUCCUCCAUAAAAACUAAUCAAUCUCAAUGAGAUGCAGGUUAACAGAAGUUACCUGCAAACUGACAAAAGUAGACACUGGAUGCACUGCUGACGCCAAGUUAUGCCAUCCUCUGUUUUCCAAUAUAAGGUAGAUCCCAUAUUCAUAUUUCAUGGGGAAUUUAUAAUAGUCAAAUAUUCUGAAGUGACAGAGCUUCUUUAAAUUUCAUGAUCACUUUUUAUAUCCUUCACCUGAGUCUCUAGAACCUCUGGCUAGGUUUAUUUUAUCUUGUCAUUUAGUUGCUAAACAUUGUAUGUGGUUCUUGUGUUGUCCUGGCAAUAAUGCUCAUUCCUGCACUGCUAGAUGGUAAUGCUAAACUUUACAUGUGUAGCUUUAGAAUGUUACUUGUAUUUUCGUAUCAAAGAGUUUGAUUUAUGAAAGUACACUUCCGUUUCUCUUUUUUCUGCAGUAUUGCUUAAAUUUUUAUGAUCUUGUACAUGAUCAAAAUGGCAAUAUGCUGAUCCCUAUUCAAAUACAUAUUGUUUUUAGUACUGUACCUGGUUGCUUUUAGAGUAUCUGUAAAGACUGUAUUUUGGGUACUUGGACCCACACAUUUUUGUAGAAUUUUCCAUUUUACUUUACAGGAAGUGAAUUUCCAAGUUGUGUAAAGCAUGGAUUUGACACAUUAAAAUGAAAGACGUUUUUUCUUUAUAUAAGUGGGAUCAGAAAAAUAUCCGAAUGUCAGUGGGCCAAAAAUAGAAAAUUGUUUUAUUUGCAGACUGCUUUGCUACGGAGAAUACAAACUGCUUUUAUAUAGUUGGUUUCAUAAAUGGGAACGCAGCGUGUUGUAAGAAAUGUACACAAAUACAGUAUUGUUGGCUCUCGUCACGCUGCUUCCAGACGUUGUGCUCUGUAGCUGUGUGGGAAGAAAAAAUGUGUUUAUUGGGAAGAGGUCACUUGAAUCCUGUACUGUUAUCUUGUAUGUUUUCCAGCCGCACAUCUAGAAUUUUUUAUGAACGUGUUAACAAUUUUUUACGUUAAAGGGAUGAAAUGUUGAGAUUUAAGAAAAUGUCAACCAUGAAAACAGAUUUUUAACAUCUUAAUGUUUGUAUUUUAUAAGCCAUUUAAAUUCUGUAAAGCCUAAAAGUGGUUAUUUUAAACACACUACUACUUGACAUGUAUAUUAAAGUGUAUCUGAUAAACACAAACCUAAAGUAUUGAUACCGAAUAUGCCAUAUUCUAAGGUGUAAAAUCCUGCUACUGUAGAAAUAUUUUAAAUGUUUGUUUUUAAGUGCUGUGUGAAAUGACCAAAUCAGUGUAAUAACCAUUUUACUUUUUCACUUUGCUGUUUAAUAGUUUUCUUUACUCUUGCAUUGUUUUAACCAUAAGAAUGUAAUAAAAAUAUCAUGCUCC